CAUAUUGACACUUCUGAGCAGUUGGAGCAUUCCCAGCCUUGCCUCGGGUGUAGGGAUUGCGUAGGAAAAAACAAAACUACACGGCUUUGUCUCGGUGUAGUUUUGUUUUUUGGGUUCUUUUGAGGCUCAACUGUUCUCCUUCAGAUUUUUUUGACAGUAUCAUUGGAUAAGGAGAUUGUUUUACCACAGCUGGGCCUAGUCCCAUCCAACCAGGCAUCCUUGUGGACACAAGGUGCCAAGCAACAUGUCGACAAAGGCGCCAACAUUCACACAGCCGCUGCAAAGCGUUGUGGCACUAGAGGGUAGUGCUGCAACGUUUCAGGCUCAAGUUAGUGGUUCCCCUGUUCCUGAGGUCAGCUGGUUUUGUGAUGGCCAGAUCCUUUCUGCUGCCUCUCUUCCCGGCAUUCAGAUCUCGUUCAGCGAUGGCCGCGCUGUUCUGAGGAUCCCUGCAGUGACCGCCACACACAGUGGAAGAUUUUCUCUGAGAGCCACCAAUGGUGCAGGACAAGCCACUAGCACUGCUGAGCUCCUAGUUACAGCUGAGACUUCGCCACCCAACUUUAUUCAGAGACUUCAGAGUUUGACAGUAAGACAAGGAAGCCAAGUGAGACUGGAUGUUCGUGUGACAGGAAUCCCUACACCAGUGGUGAAGUUCUCCAGGGAGGGAGCUGAGAUACAGAGCUCCCCCGAUUUUAAAAUUGUUCAAGAAGCAGACCUUUACAGUUUACUGAUUGCUAAAGCCUUCCCAGAGGACUCUGGGAUGUACUCUGUAAACGCCGCAAACAGCAGUGGAAGAGCUACCUCUACUGCUGAACUCCUGGUUCAAGGGGAGGAUGCUGUGCCCACUAAGAAAACCAAGAUGGUGGUGUCCUCUUCUCAGAUGGCCUCCUCCCAGACCAGAGUGGAAAGGAGAGUUGAGGCUGGUUUCCAGGCCGCCACCAUGAUGGAGAUGCAUGUAGAAGGAGGUGGCAUGACUCAACGGUUAGCACACAAGACCCCCCCAAGGGUUCCUCCCAAACCCACCUCCAAGUCCCCACCUUCGAUGGUCUCCAGGGUAACCGGAGGCCGCCACCAGUCACCUUCACCUGUCCGACACGUGAAGGCCCCUACACCUGCACCUGUCAGAUCUGUGUCUCCAUCCGGCAGGCCCUCAGUAUCUCCCAUCAGACCAGUCAGAUCUCCUCUCAUGACCAGGAAACGGGUGUCCUCCUCACCGGAGGUCUUGCCCCCGUGGAAACAGGGAGGCUGGGCAACGGGGGUUGCCAGCUACACCAGUAUGACGAGCACCUCCACCCACAUGCAGGCAGGCUCUGCCCAGAUCCAGGCCGGCUCUACCCAGAUGCAAGAAGGCUCUGCCCAAAUGCAAGCAGGCUCUGCCCAUAUGCAGACCAGCUCUACCCAGAUGCAAGCAGGCUCUGCCCACAUGCAGGCCGGCUCCUCCCAGAUGCAGACCAGCUCCUCCCAAAUGCAGACCAGCUCCUCCCAGAUGCAGACCGGCUUAUCCCAGAUGCAGACCAGCUCCUCCCAGAUGCAGACCAGCUCCACCCAGAUGCAAACCGGCUCUGCCCACAUGCAGAUGGAGCAGCAGUGGCAGGGCUCGUAUGGCGUCCAGCAGGUUCAGCAGGUUGCUUCACUACAAGAGGGGGAGGGAGUUGGAAGAGCGGGGGCAGUGGCCACAGUGAUGGCUGCUGUUGACCUAGCUCGUGUUCGUCAGCCUUUGCAUGUGGAGCAAUCUGGAGCUGAAGAGGAGCAUGUUGUCUUAGAGCUGCAGGCUGCAACUGAAGCUGCAGAGACGCAUGUUAGAAUGACAGCUGCCAAGUCAUCUGCUGUCAGUACAACAUCAGAGCAACAUACAUCUAACAUCUCCCAGAUUCACAGAACCACAGAACACAGCAGCCAGGGGGAAACAGCUUCAACACCAUCCCCUCUUCCAAAGUUUACCGUUUCUAAAGUUAAUGUUCCUAAACAUGACUCUAGCUAUGAGGUCUCGCGGGCAGGCUCUGCCAUUUCCUCUCUGCAGAAAGACUUAUCCGCCCACUCAACCACUAGAAUGAUCAUCAAAGCAGUCAAGUCUCCCAGUCCUUCUCGUAGGGUUGUGGAGACACGCCUGACCCCCAAGGCCUCUCCUCCACCCUUUAGAGACCCCCAAUACCACUCUGAGGUUCACUUACAGGCUGGGCUGACAGUGGCCCAGGAGGAAUUUGAGGACUGGGAGCCUCAGGAGGCUGCCCUGGUCCCAACUCAGGAUCCAGUCACUCCUCCUAGAGUUAUUGCUGUGUUAAAGAACCUGACUGUUACGGAGGGCGAGACUGUGACUCUAGAGUGCCAGAUCACUGCUCAUCCCAGCCCGGUCAUCAUGUGGUUCAGAGAGGACUACAAGAUCGAGAGUUCCAUUGACUUCCAGAUCAGCUAUGAGAAUGGAUUUGCCCGUCUGGUGAUCCGUGAAGCCUUUGCUGAAGACAGCGGCCGCUUCACCUGCACGGCAACCAGCGAGGCUGGAACAGUCAGCACGUCCUGCUAUCUGCUCGUCAAAGUGUCAGAAGAUAUUGAGAGCAGAGAAGAAACUACAUCCGUCGUUUCAGAACUUGGAAUCACACAAGAGAAAACUGUUGACGUUGAGACAGACAGAACAUCAGCUGCACCGUUCUUCAUCAAGAAGCCCAGUGUCCAGAGGCUGGUGGAGGGAGGAAGUGUGGUGUUUGAAUGCCAGGUCGGAGGAAGUCCCAAACCACAAAUUAUCUGGAAGAAGACUGGCAUGCCCCUCACUACCGGAUACAGAUAUAAAGUAGCCUACAAGAAGGAGUCAGGAAAAUGCAGAUUGGAGAUCUCCAUGACCUUUGCUGAUGAUGCAGGAGAUUACUCAAUUUUUGCCAAGAACCAGCUUGGAGAAGCCUCAGCUUCAGCGACUCUGCUGGAGGAAGAGGAAUAUGAUGCCUACAUGAAGCAGUAUGAUGUGACUUACAAAUCGGAAGAGGUGCAGGGGCCCACAUUGGUCGUGAGCCAGUACGAGAUGGAACAGAGGAGAAUGACCACCCCUACGAGCUUCGUCUCAGAAACGGAAUUCCAUAUAUCUGCAUUUGAGGAGAGGAUCAUCCAGGAGAUUGAGCUCCGGAUCAUGACGAUUACCUAUCAACACAUUGUGACAGAGGAUGGAGAACUAAUAGUCACCGCAGUAGAACACGAAGCCUUGCAGCCAACAUUUGCCACACUAGUCAAAAACUACAGGAUCAUGGAGGGAAUGGGAGUCACGUUCCACUGUAAAAUGGAUGGAGUCCCACUUCCCAAGAUUGCAUGGUACAAGGAUGGCAACCGUCUUCAACAUGGCGGCCGUUAUCAGAUGGAGGUCCUUCAGGAUGGCAGAGCAAGCCUUCGUCUGCCUGUGGUGCUUCCAGAGGAUGAGGGCGUUUACACCGCCUUCGCCAGCAACAUGAAGGGUAAUGCUGUAAGCUCUGGGAAGCUGUAUGUGGAACCCUCUGGGGCAACAACACCUCAAAGAUACACCCCCCAGCCUGCGAUGCAGAGAUUUAGGUCUACAUCCCCUCGUUCUAUGAGUCGCUCCCCUGGCCGUUCUGCCAGCCGCUCUCCUGCUCGUUCUCCGGCUCGCAGGCUUGAUGAGACGGACGAAGCUCAGCUGGAGAGACUCUACAAACCUGUCUUUGUUCUGAAGCCUUCCUCAUGUAAAUGCGCUGAGGGGCAGACUGCCAGAUUUGACCUGAAGGUUGUCGGAAGGCCGAUGCCUGAAACAUACUGGUUCCACAAUGGUCAUCAAGUUGUCAAUGACUUCACCCACAAGAUUGUUGUUAAAGAAGAUGGAACACAGUCUCUGAUCAUUGUAACAGCCAUGCCUCACGAUUCUGGAGAAUGGACAGUUGUUGCUCAGAAUAGAGCUGGAAAGUCCUCAGUCUCCAUCACUUUGAGUGUCGAUGCUAAAGAAAGCCUGGCACGUCCCCAGUUCACUGAGAAACUGAAGAACAUCAGUGUGAAGCAGGGCACUCUUGUGGAGUUGGCUGUCAGGGCCAUCGGAAACCCCAUUCCUGAUAUUGUCUGGCUGAAAAACAGUGAUAUUAUUUCCCCACACAAAUACCCACACAUCAAGAUCGAGGGUACUAAAGGAGAGGCCAAAGUCCAGAUCACUUCAUCAGCUGGAUCUGACAGUGCCUGGUACACAGCUACAGCCAUCAACAAGGCUGGAAGAGAUACCACUCGCUGUAAAGUCAAUGUUGAGGUAGACUCUGCAAUGCGUGAACCAGAGAGGAAGCUGAUUAUAACCAAAGGAACCUACAAGGCUAAAGAUAUUGCUGCUCCUGAAUUGGAGCCCCUUCAUCAACGUUAUGGCCAAGACCAAUGGGAGGAGGGAGACCUUUAUGACAAAGAGAAGCAGCAGAAACCACAGUUCAAGAAGAAGCUGACUUCUGUCCGAAUGAAGCGUUUUGGGCCAGCUCAUUUUGAGUGCAGACUGACUCCUAUUGGUGACCCCACUAUGGUAGUUGAGUGGCUACACGAUGGCAAACCUCUUGAUGCUGCCAAUAGGCUGCGCAUGGUCAAUGAGUUUGGCUAUUGCAGUCUUGACUAUGAAGUUGCUUACGCAAGAGACAGCGGUGUUAUUACCUGCAGAGCUACAAACAAAUUUGGAGUUGAUCAAACUUCUGCCACCCUCAUUGUUAAGGAUGAGAAAGGCCUUGUUGAAGAUUCACAGCUUCCUGACGGAAGGAGGGGAACACACAGAAGUGAUGAGAUGGAGCGCAUGGCUCAUGAGGGAGGACCCACCGGUGUCAGUACUGAUGAGGAGAAAGAGAAGACAAAACCUGACAUUGUUUUGGUUCCAGAUCCAGCAAGAGUUCUUGAAGGAGAAACGGCGAGAUUCCGUUGCAGAGUGACUGGUUAUCCAACACCCAAGGUAAACUGGUACCUUAACGGACAACUUAUUCGCAAGAGUAAGAGAUACAGACUGCGUUAUGAUGGCAUUUACUACCUGGAGAUAGUGGAUGUCAAAGUUUAUGAUUCAGGAGAGGUCAAGGUGGUUGCUGAUAGUCCUCUAGGCUCAACAGAACAUGUUGUGAAGAUAGAAAUCACGCAGAGAGAGGACUUCAGGUCCGUACUCCGACGUGCACCUGACACUAAAACCGCAGAGUCCAAAGAGUCUGCAGGACCCGGCUUUGACAUCAUGAAGGUGGACAGACCUAGUGAGAGCUCCCAGUUGAAAGAGGUCGUCAAACUGAAGAAGACCCAGAGAGUUGUCCACGAGAAAACCUCAGAGGAGUCGGAUGAACUGAAGAGCAAGUUCAAGCGCAGAACAGAGGAAGGAUUCUAUGAGUCAAUAUCUGCUGUGGAGUUCAAGUCUCGCAGGAAGGAUGAGUCUUAUGAGGACCUACUGAAGAAGACAAAAGAAGACCUGCUUCACCGCCUGCGGGAAAAAGAAGAGGCAGAGAGAAAGCUUCUAGAGGAACAGGGGAACGUGACCAUCCCCACCUUCAAACCAGAGAGGAUUCAGCUUUCUCCCAGUAUGGAAGCUCCCAAGAUCCUGGAGCGUAUUACUAGCAAGACCGUUGCGCCGAUGGACGAGGUUAAAUUCCGAGUCAGGGUUGUCGGACGACCAGAACCCGAAUGUCAGUGGUUCAAGAACGGCAUUCAGCUUGAGAAGUCAGAACGUAUAUACUGGUACUGGCCUGAGGACCACGUUUGUGAGCUGGUGAUAAGGGAUGUGACUGCAGAAGAUUCGGCCAGUAUCAUGGUCAAAGCCCUGAAUGUAGCAGGGGAAGCUUCAAGCCAUGCUUUUCUGCUUGUGCAAGGCACGGCAACAGUAAAUUUCACUCAAACUCUAGAAGAUGUAACUGCUAAUGAAAAGGACACAAUGGUAACCUUUGAGUGUGAAACCAACGAGCCUUUCAUCAAGGUUAAAUGGAUAAAAAACAACAUGGAUAUCUUCUCUGGAGACAAAUACCGGAUGCACUCUGACAGAAAGGUCCACUUCCUGUCCGUUCUGGUCAUCGAGAUGAAAGACGAUGCAGAGUACAGCUGUGUUGUAAUAGAUGACGAGUGCAUCAGGACUAGUUCAAGACUCCAUGUUGAAGGUGCUGCUCUGGAGCUCACCAAGAUGUUGGAGAACAUUGAAGUUCCUGAGACCUACGCUGGAGAGUUUGAGGUGGAGCUGUCCCGUGAAGAUGCUGAGGGAACGUGGUAUUUUGGAGACAACGAGAUCUCUAGUAGCAGCAAAUAUUCCAUGUCCUCCCGUCGUGGAAGACACUCUCUGUCAGUCAAGGAUGUAAAGAAAGAGGACCAGGGGAAAUACACCUUUGUCUGUGGAGAUCUGAGGACUUGUGCCUCCUUGAAGAUGAAAUUGCGCCCUGUGACGCUGAUGCAGCCCCUGAGUGACCUGACUGUCUGUGAAGGAGACAUUGCCCAGCUGGAGGUGAAGUUCUCCCAGGAGAACGUUGAAGGAACUUGGAUGAAGAACGGCCAGGUCUUUUCGGCCUCAGACAGUGUCCACAUGGUUAUUGACAAACUGGUGCACAAGCUGCUGCUGGAGAAUGUCACCAGAGACAAUGCUGCGGUCUAUUCCUUCCUGGUUCCUGCCCAAGACAUCUCCACCUCUGGAAAACUCAGUGUUCAGACCAUUGAUGUCCUGGUGCCACUGAAGGAUGUAUCAUCUACUGAGGGAACCAAGGCUGUUCUGGAGACCAAGAUCUCAGCUCAGGACAUCACCUCUGUCAAAUGGUACCACAAUGAUAUGCUGCUGACAGCCAGUGAGCGAGUUCAGAUGGUGUCCAAGGGGGCCAAGCAGCGUCUGGUCUUCAACAGGACCUAUGCCUGCGAUGAGGGACAUUACAAACUGGUUGUGGGCAAGGUUGACACCAGCUGUACACUGUCAGUCGAGGAGGUGAACAUCACAAGACAUCUGGAGGACAAGGUAUGCUCUGAAUCCCAGAACGUCAUGUUUAGGGUGGAGGUGUCCCAUUCUGGGAUCGAUGCAGUUUGGAGCUUGAAGAACCAGCCCCUCAAAGCUGGGCCCAAGUACAAGAUGGAGUCACAUGGAAAUAUGUACACGCUUACCAUCAUAGACACCAUGAAGGACAAUGAGGGCCAGUACACCUUCCAUGCUGGUGAAAAGACCUCCAAUGCCUCGCUCUCAGUCUCUGGGGGAGCCAUCACCAGACCCCUGCAGGACGUGACAGUGGCAGAGUCCCAGAUGGCCCAGCUGGAAUGUGAGGUGGCCAACGCCAAGGCUGAGGGCAGGUGGCUGAAGGAAGGCCAGCCUAUUGACUUCAGUGACAACGUUGUGAGUGAGGUGGAAGGAGCCGUCCGGCGCCUGCUGAUCAUUAUCACCAGACCCCAGGAUGUAGGAGAAUACACCUACCAGGUUGCCAGCUCCAAGACCACGGCCAACCUCAGAGUUGAGGCGGUGAAGAUAAAGAAGACCCUGAAGAACCAGACCGUGACGGAGACCCAGGAGGCGGUGUUCUCCCUGGAGCUGACCCACGCCGAGGUGAAGGGAGCCCAAUGGAUCAAGAACGGCGUGGAGCUGCUGACCAGUAACAAAUAUGAGGUCACCUGUGAGGGCAUGGUCCACACCUUGAAGGUGAAGAACUGCAACACCCAGGACGAGUCUGUUUAUUCCUUCAAACUGGGCAAGCUGUCUGCCAGCUCCAGGCUCAACGUGGAAACUAUCAAGAUUGUGAAGAAGAUAAAGGAUGUGACAUCACUGCUGGAUUCUACUGCUUCCUUUGAGAUGAGUCUGUCACAUGACGAUAUCCCUGUGAAGUGGAUGUUCAACAAUGUGGAGAUCCUGCCGAGCAACCAAUGUAAGAUCCUGAUGGAGAGGAAGGCCCACAAGCUCAUCAUCCAGAACUUGGACUCUAGUAACACUGGAGAGUACACCGCCGUGGUGGGACACCUGCGCUGUAACGCCAACCUCAAUGUAGAGGCUCUGUGCGUGACCAAGCCCUUGAAGAAUUUGGAGGUACCAGAGACCCAUGUGGCCACAUUGGAGUGUGAAGUUUCUCAUUUCAAUGUCCCCUCUACUUGGCUGAAGAAUGGUGUGGAGAUAGAGAUGAGUGAGAAGUUCAGGAUUGUGGUCAAAGGCAAACUCCACCAGCUCAAGAUCAUGAACACGAGCACUGAGGACUCUGCCGAGUACAGCUUUGUCUGUGGAAACGACAGAGUCUCUGCUACUGUUACUAUCAGCCCUAUUCUGAUCACAUCCAUGCUGAAAGACCUUAACGCCAAAGAGAGAGAUACCAUUACUUUUGAGGUAAAUGUCAACUACGAGGGCAUCACCUAUAAGUGGCUGAAAAACGGAGUGGAGAUCAAGUCGUCUGACAGAUGCCAGGUUCGCAGCAAACAGCUGACUCACACCCUCAGCAUCCGAAAUGUUCACUUUGGAGAUGGGGGAGAGUACAAGUUCACAGCUGGAUCAUCAGCCACGGCAGCAAAUCUCUUUGUUGAAGCUCGAUUGAUUGAAUUCACAAAGAAAAUAAAAGACCUAAAGAUAACAGAGAAGAAGAGGGCUACUUUUGAAUGUGAAGUUUCAGAGCCCGACAUCAAGCCAAUAUGGAUGAAAGAUGGACAAGAGUUGGAAUUAUCAGAAGAAAGAUACGUUGUUCAGGCUGAGAAGUUUGUCCAUCGCCUCAUGAUUCAGACGGUGCGUAUGUCCGACGCCGGGGAGUAUUCAGUGGUGGCCGGAUCCAGUGUGUCCAAGGCUCACCUCAUCGUGGAGGGAAGAGACGUCAGAAUCACCGAACCAGCUGACAAGACCAUCACGGUUUUGGAGAAACAAAGAGCCACCUUUGAGUUUGAGGUGAAUGAGGAGGAUCUGGAGGGUCGCUGGCUGAAGAAUGGAGUUGAGAUCCAGUUCUCAGUUGAGGAAAGGUUUAACUACGUGUCCAUCAGGAAGAUCCACCGUCUCACCAUCUCUGAGACAUACAGAAGUGAUGCUGGCGAAUAUACCUUCAUCGCUGGCAAAAACAAGAGCACCAUGAACCUCCAUGUCAACAUCCCAGAGCUCCCUCAGAUCGUCAAGCACAUGGAGCCCCAGUCAGUGGAGGCUGGAAAACCAGCUCGCUUCACUGUCACAGUGACUGGUGUUCCCCAGCCACAGGUUUCCUGGUACAAGAACUCCCAGGCUUUGUCUUCUGGCUUCAAGUGCAAGUUCCUUCAUGAAGGAAACGACCACACUCUGCUGCUUAUUGAGGUGUUCCCAGAGGAUGCAGCUGUGUACAACUGUGAAGCCAAGAAUGACUACGGAGCAGCCACAAGCACUGCCCCACUCAAUGUAGAAGUGUCUGAGGCGGUAUCUCCGGACUCGUCUGCGCUUGUCGCUCCUCCUGUGGUUCUGUUGCCCGUCGCUGACACCUCCACACCUGAGGGGAUGCCGGCACGCUUCCAAUGCCGAGUGCGUGGAGAAGAUGUGAAGAUCAGCUGGUACCUCGGUGACAAGGAGAUCAAACAGUCAGACUUCUUCAGAAUGUCCCAGUUUGACGAGAACUGCCAACUGGAGAUCUCCAGGGUCUACUCUGAGGAUGAAGGACAGUACACCUGUGUGGUCAAGAACAGCGCAGGAACCGUGUCCUGCUCUGCAAGCCUCAAGCUAGACGGGCGAGCCCUUUGUGAGCCGGAGCUGCAUGUCUCCACCUGCCUCACCAGUCCAAAGAAACAUUCAAUUGGGCAGAAGCCAACCUUUAUCCAGCCAAUAGCAAGCAGUACUGUGUCCCAUGGGGAAGUGGCCAGGUUCCAUGCUUGUGUGUCCGGCACCCCAAAGCCACACAUUAGCUGGUUUCACAACCAGCUGCCCAUUCAACCCACAAAGGAUGUUGUCUUUCAUUUUGAUGAUGUGACAAACACUGCCACACUGAUUCUAGUUGAUGCUUUCCCUGAGCAUGCUGGGCAGUAUAGCUGCAGAGCAAGCAAUAGCACUGGGGAGGUGGUGUGCUCUGCUACUCUCACCAUAACUAAAGAAGAAGUGACUCAAGUUAAAGAGCAGAUAGAAACCAAGACUGAAUACAAAGUCAAAGAACAUUCUAGCAUCUCCAUGGAGACCAAGCGAGAAGAAACCCAUUCCACUUCUCUACAGCUCUCACAAAAAACUAGGACACUCCAACUCAAGCCAGAGCCCAAACAUUACUCUAGUUCUUUAGAGAAGAAAAAAGAAAAGCCAGUUUUCCUUAGCCAGCUGUCUCCAACUGCUGUGACUGAAGGGGAAACGGCUAGGUUUACCGUCACAGUGACGGGCUUUCCCAAGCCCUCGGUUCAAUGGUUCUAUAAUGGAAAGGUGAUACAAAGCUCCACUGUUUAUAUACUGAUAGAGGGAAAAGAGGAAUACACAUUGGUAAUCACCAAGCUUACUUCUGACUAUGAAGGAGAGUAUUCCUGUACUGCCACAAAUAUAAUUGGCCAAACAACCUGCUCCACAUAUCUGGAAGUUAAAAAGAGUGUUGUUAGUAAGGCAGAGAAAUGGGUUGAACAAAUGUUCAUGGUUAAAGGUCAACCUCCCACAUUCACAGUAGAGUUUCGCUCUGAAAGAUCCCCUGAGGGAGGAGAAGUUUCCUUUCAAUAUGAAGCACGUGGACACCCAAUUCCAGAUGUCAAAUGGUUUAAAGGCGCUUUUCAGAUCGGACCAAAUAGGAACUGUAUUAUAGUCAACAACUCAAAUGGCUCUGGCCUCAUCCAAAUAAAGAGCAUCAAACAGGAGGACAGCGGCAUCUAUACUUGUAAGGCCCUUAACCAUUUUGGAGAGGCUUCAUGUAGUGCUGAACUGGUGGUUUUCAGGGAGGCUGUUCAGCAGGAACAGCACCCAGUCAUUCAUGAAAGAGGCUACAAAGUAACCAUGACUGAGCAAGCCACAGAGUCACGCUUGUACCAGGUCAGCCUUCCAGGACAGGAAAGAUCUAGUUCAGAUCAAAUGGUUUACACCAUUGGCACUGAGGACAGGCAGGUAAUUUCCAGUGAGCAAGUGGGCACCAUUAGAGAGCUGAAUAUUUCUGCCGCCACUCUCCAGAGAGAGCAGGUCACCCACCAGGCUGCCGUUCUGCAGUCCCAUGAAGUGGAGGAGAGGGUGUCAGUGGCUCCUGCCCAUCCAUCCCACAUUUCAGCAGUCCCUCUCAAACAGCUCCACAUGGCAGCAUUCACAUCCUCUGUCUUGGAGAGUCAAGACCUCACAGAGCAACACUGUGAUCGCAUUCUGAGUCCGGAGCUUUUCAAGCUGGAGGCUGCAGAGGAGAAAAAGUCUAAAAUGAUGUCAGCCUUAUCUGAGGAGGUCCUGGCUCUCUCUACUGUUAGUACAGAGCCUCUGGGUGACAGGGUGUCAGCUAAGAUCAUGCCCACCUCAGAACCAAAGCAUGUUGUUAGUGGUCCACAGGUGGAUGCACAGCUGCCCCUCCUGAGGGAGUCAUCCCAUGACAUCCCCCAGCCCCAGCAGGAGAAGAGCUAUCAGUUGAAGGAAGGUGUUAAGAUCUUAUACUCUGCCCAGUUAGCAGAGAAGCGUGUGCUGCUUGAGGGCCACAUCACCCAGCUAGCCUCAGCAGAAUCUGCAGUCAAAUCCUCAUCGAGCAAAGAACAGCCCAGACCCGUCUUGGCCACAGUCAGUGAGACCAAGCAGGCUUUAUCCAAAGAGACAGUGUUCUCGAUGCAGAGGCCUGAUCAGGAGAUGGCUAGUGUUUGUAGAGAUUUAGUGAGGAAGGAAGCCCUCAAAGCAGAGGAGGGGCAGGCUCUUCAAGCUGAACGCUCCCAAAAGCUGCAGAGUCUGGAUAGUGCAGAGAUCAUUCAGUCCCAGGUUGAGCCAGAGCAGUUGUUGCACCUGCAGGUCAUAACAGACCAGGACCUCCUCCCUUUUGAGGAGAGGUUCAUAUGUGACAAGCCAGCUCCAGAACAGUUGAGCAGCAGGAAAAGUCCAAGCAUUUUACACUGUGUCAGCCAUAUUGAUCAAAGGACAGUGGUGUGUGAACAUAAAGAAGAGUUUGAUUCUACCCCUAGUACCAUUACAAUCCAGCCCAUAAAAGAGGUUCACGCUUCACUCCAUCUUCACUCCCACCAGCCUGUGCAGGAACUAGCUAAAGAGGGACUACUUGUCGUUGAGAAACCAAAGCAACAGCUGGCAGCACAGAAACAGGAGAAGGCCAGGAAUCAUUCAGCCAUCUCUGAGGAGAGAAGGGAGAUCACAGCAGAUUAUCACAAAGAUCUUGAUGUGUCUGUGACAGGAGUUAAAUCACAGCUUCGAUCUGAGCCUAGACCUCAGAACAUCCUCCAGGUCUCCUUUCACUCAAUGCAGCUCCCAAAGGAGACUAUUUUCAGUAGCGACAUGAAACAACAGCGUGCCUUAGUUCAGAAGGAGGAACGUUGGAAUUUGAUAAAUGUCACCACUGUAGAAGAUAGCCAGGCUUUGGAGGAGGGCCAUACCAAGAGUCUGCCUGCCGUGGAUAAAUUCACCUGCCAGACAGCUGUAGAGCCUAAGGUUCCCACAGAGCCAGUCCAGGUUGAGAAGAAGGAGAUCUCUACUGAGAUCAGCUUUUCUCUAGAGGCAGCAGAGCAGGACUUUGCGGUUCAAAUCCAGGAGGGCCAGUCAGUCAGACAGUCAAUCAUGAUGGACGAGAAGCGUGUGCUGAAAGGGGAGUUUUCUCAUAAGAUUAUAAAGUCAGAGUCCUCUAGUAUCAGUGUUACCACACAACCAAGACUUUCUUUAAUGGCACCACAGUCUGAAGAGAGCACAGCCCUGCCCAAAGAGCUGACCUUUGUGAUUCAGAUUCCCAAACCAUCCAGUGUGAAUAUUAGACGUCAGCUGAAAGAUGCUCUUCAGUCUGCUGUGGCCCAGGAACAACCACUGCUACUUGCCGAGGUGCUGGCGAAGUUAGAGGCAGCACAGAUCCAGGAAGUCAAGGUUCAGAAAGAACCAAAACGUUCAAUGUUUACAUACCUUGUCACGUCAUCUGGUGCCCCCAUAGAAAUCUCUCUGGCUUUUGAUGGUGAGUACCCUCAGACAGCUGAACUGAGGUCUGAACUGCAGGCAGCCUUCCACUCUAUAGUUUACCAGGAGUCCCAGGCCCUGACUCUGGAACAGCCCAGUACUAUGCUUCUAGACAGGCCUCAGAGAAUGCAGGUUAUUUCUGCCCCCUCAAAGGAAAUGAUGUCAUCUGUGGUUGAGUCCAUCCACGUAGCAGAAAGUAUUGUGGAUAUUACUGCAACUCAGUCUCAGGCUGCUUCUAUUAAAACAGAAUCUGGCUUGGCGCUAGAGUCUCUGAGCACAGAGGAGCAGGUAGUCAUUCAGGAACCCAAGGUGCAGAAACAGGUUGUCCAGGUCUCAAGGGAGGCUCAUGUGGCUUCUGAGCAGUCAGUGCAGGUGAGCAGACAGUCUGUGAAGAGCCAGCAAGAUGUAGCUGCUGUCGAUGUGGUCAGCAUCAGACCUAGUUCCAGCACUAAAGAGCGGUCGAUAGACAUUUCUGUUCAGAGGGAGAGCCAGGAAAUGACCUUUAAGGAGGAAUUGAAAUUGUCCAACCCUGACAUAGUCACCUCUCUGCAGAAUUUAACUGUUAACGAGGACAGUAUAGUAAAGUUUAGCACCACCAUAGAGUAUGUCACCAAGGUAAACUGGCUUUUCAAUGGUAAAUUGGUCAAACCUGGCAAAGAGUUAAAGUGUUCUAAAGACAAUGACACAUACACACUGAUUAUCAACAAAGUUAUCAAGGAGAAGCAUCAAGGAGAAUAUGUCUGUGAGGCUGAGAAUGAAGCUGGCAAGACAACAACAUCUUCAAGACUCACUGUGGUCUCAAGAGUACCACCAAUCUUCAGGCAGAAGAUAAGCUCUAUGGAGAUCAACGUGGGCGGCUACGCCAAGAUGGAAUGUGAGAUUGAAGAUUCUCCGAACGUGACCUUCAAAUGGUACAAGUCGACUGUGGAGAUACGGCAGAGCGACAAAUACCGGAUCCUCAGCCAUCAAGGCGGCUCGGCCCUGGAGCUGCAGAGCCCCACCAAGGCUGACAGCGGGGAAUACAGCUGCAAGGCCUCUAACCAGCACGGCGCCGACAGCUGCUCCGCCACCCUGAACGUCACCGAAAUGUACCCGCCAAUAUUUGUAUCAAAACCAGAACCAAUGACAUUAUAUGUUGGUAAACGCACCCUGUUCCAGUGCUCAGUCACUGGAACUUCACCGAUGGAAGUUGUCUGGCACAAGGACAACGUAGCAAUCUCUUCUGAGGGGAACUGUUUGAUGAAAAGUGAAAAGAACAAGUAUUCCCUUGAGAUUACAUGCCUUGAGCUAUCCCAUCAGGGGGUGUACCUCUGUAAAGCCUCCAACCCUGUUGGCACUGCUACCUUCACCACAGAGAUCAGGGUUGUCAGUAAGCCAAGCUUUGUGAAGACGUUUGAGCCAGUGUCUUCAACUGUCAAUGAGGCACUUCACCUGGAGUGUCAGGUGGAUGAAGACACUGGUGUGUCUGUCACCUGGACCAGGGAUGGCAAAAAGGUCCACCAGACUAUGGAAUGUAAAAUGUGGUUUGAUGAAAAAGUGGCUGUUCUUGAGAUCCCCAAGUCUAAAUUGAAGGACUCUGGAAAAUAUGUCUGUACAGCCACAAACGAGGCAGGGAGUUCGACCUGCCAGGCUAUGGUCAGUGUUCAAGAGCCACCUGCCUUUGUCAAGAAGAUGGAGCCAAAGUUGACUUGGAAAAAGGGCAUAGCUGCCCGCUUACAGUGCACAGUAAAUGGAUCUCCAGAACUCAGUGUCCACUGGUUCUGCAGCAACAGAGAGCUCAGCCAUGGAGAUAAAUAUAAAAUCUCCUUCAAGAAUGGAGCAGCCACUCUGGAGAUGGUGAAUGUUCUUGUUACAGACAGUGGGACGUACAUCUGUGAGGUAUCAAAUGAUGCUGGCAGUGAUAGCUGUAACACCCUGAUAGCAGUUAAAGAACCACCCUCAUUUAAGAAGGAGCUAAAGACAAUGGAGGCUGUGAAAGGAAGUCCAGCUCACCUCGAGUGUGAGAUUACAGGAACAGGUCCUUUUGAAAUCAACUGGUUCAAAAAUAAGAAAGCUAUUGCCUCUGAUCAAAGAUACAAGGUGAUUUCUCAAGAGUCUCUGGCACGGCUUGAGAUUCAGACAUUUGAAAGUGCAGAUGUCGGAGACUACCAGUGUGUUGCUUCCAAUGAUGUGGGUAAAAUAAGCACUAAGGCACUAGCUAAACUAAAAGAACCACCAUCAUUCUCAAAAAGAGUUGAGAGUGUUGUGGCAGUGUUGGAUAACACAGUCAAACUUCAAGGCAGCAUAAAAGGAUCAGCUCCCCUCAUUGUUAAAUGGACGAAAGACUCUGAGAUUCUAAGAGAUGAUGAUCCCAAUAUCAGCAUGCGGUUUGAGAACAAUGUUGCCAGCCUUACAAUAUCCACUGUCACAAUCAGCCAUGGUGGAAAGUAUACAUGCCAAGCAGAGAACGAGGCAGGGCAACAGAAAUGUGAAGCUACUUUGACUGUUCAAGAACCCGCCAGACUCCUAGAACCUGCAGAGUCCAUAAGUGUGACUGCAGGAGAUUCAGCCACCUUGGAAUGUACAAUCGCUGGAAGCCCAGACCUCAAGGUGCAAUGGUUUAAAGAUGGAAAGGAGGUGACGAGUGGUCGUAAAUACAAAAUCACUCUGAAGGAGAAAACUGCAAUGUUAAAAGUUCUGGCAGCAGAAAAAGAUGACACUUCUGAAUUCAGGAUGGAGGUGUCCAACAAAGUGGGCAAGGACCAGUGCACGUGCUCUGUUACCGUCCUAGAUCGGACAAUGGCUCCAACUUUCACUAAGUCUCUGAAAAGGGUUGAUGGUUGCAUAUCUGCAGAUGUCUCCAUGGACUGUAAAGUGUCCGGUUCCCAACCAAUGACCAUCAUUUGGUUCAAGGAUGAAUCAGAGAUUGCGUCUGGGGGAAGGUUCCUGUCAGAGUUCAAAGAUAGCUCUGCCACCCUGAAAAUCAUGAAGCUACAGAAAGCUGACUCAGGAGUUUAUAAAUGCAGAGCUACGAAUUCUGCUGACUUUAAAGAAACAAGUGGCACUCUCUAUGUCAAAGAGCCCCCAGCUUUCACAGUGAAACCAGAAAACCUGGAGGUAAUACCAGGCUCCACUGUUUCUUUGAAAUCAGUCUUCACUGGAACAACUCCUCUGGCUGUGAAGUGGUUCAGAGAAGAAAAGGAGAUUUCCACUGGAGGCUCAUAUUUCAUUAAGAAAGAUGCCUCAUCCAGCUCCUUGGAACUCCACUCAGUGAAACCCAGCGACUCUGCUAAGUUCACAUGCCAAGUAUCCAACGAUGCUGGGAAAGUGGACUGUACUGCUGUUCUCUUUGUAAAAGAACCCCCCUUGUUUGAGAAGAAGCUGGAAGCUAUUAAGAUGGCCACCAGUGGCAGCUCUGUGAAGAUAGAGUGCAGAGCCACAGGAACCCCUGUCAUCUCUUAUAAAUGGUUCAAGGAUGAGAUAGAAGUCAGCAGUAGUCCUAAAUACACUAUGGCUGUGAAUGACUCAGUGGCCUCUCUGGAAGUGGUAGACAGCAGUGUGGAGGAUUGUGGAGAUUAUGUAUGUGUGGCUUCCAGCGAGGCUGGAAGUGACCGCUGUUGCUGUACCAUGACAGUCGAAGAGCCCCCAGUGUUUGUGUGUUGUUUGGACUCCAAAGACAUAGUGAAAGGCUCUGAACUAGUUCUGGAGGGACAGCUGUCUGGCUCUGCUCCAUUCAGUGUCUCGUUUUAUAAAAAUGCCAAACUGCUCAGGAAUGACAAGAGACACAAAGUGACAGUGAAGGACCACCAGGUGAUGCUGAAGGUGCUGUCGGUAGAGGCAGCAGAUACUGGCUCUUACAAGUGUCAUGUGGAGAACAAGGUGGGAAACACAACGAGUGAAUGUCAAGUAACACUCAAAGAACCACCAUUAUUUGUUCAUAAGCUUGAGAACAUGAGCUGCCUUGUGUCCAAGGAGGUGUCUCUACAAUGUUCUCUGAAGGGUUCUGAACCCAUGACGUUGUCCUGGCUUAAAGAUGACCAUGAGCUCAAGGAAGCUGAACACAUUCAGAUUACAUAUGAGCAUAAGAUCGCCCGCCUCCACAUUACCUGUGUACAUGCCGACCACGCUGGCAAGUACACCUGCCUGUCUCACAACCAGGCAGGGAGCCAGAAAUGUUUUGCUGUUCUGACUGUAAAAGAACCGGCUAAGAUCACAGAGGAGGCAAAGUCAAUCAGUGUCACCCAGGGAGAUCCAGCCGCUCUUGAAUGUCGGUUCUCAGGCACCAAACCUCUCAAGGCCACUUGGUUGAAGGGUGGAAAGGAGCUGGCCUCUGGCCAGAGAUAUAAGAUUCAGAGCACUGACACAAGCUCCAUACUGAAGAUCCUGAAAACAGAGACAAAUGAUAGUGGUGAAUACAUCUUUGAGGUGUCAAAUGAUGUUGGACAAAAUUGUUGUGAAGCUUCACUAACUAUUCUAGAUCAAAUACUUCCACCAUCUUUCACAAGAAAAUUUAAGCAGAUGGAGAGUAUCAAAGGAUCAUUUGCCCACCUAGAGUGUCUUGUGUCAGGCUCGCUGCCGAUCACUCUUCAGUGGUACAAAGAUGAGAAAGAGAUCCAGACUGAUGAAAAACACAAAUGCACAUUCUUUGAAAAUGUGGCUUUCUUGGAAAUCUCUCGUCUUGACAGUAAAGACGGUGGCAGCUAUACCUGCAUAGCUAGAAACAAAGCUGGAUCGGACCAGUGCUCUGGCAUCCUUUUAGUCAAAGAACCACCAUGUGUUCUGGAAAGGCCAGCAUCCACGUCUGUUUUACCUGGGUCAAAGGUCAAGUUUAAUAUCCUGAUCUCCGGCACUCCACCUAUGACCAUUAAAUGGUUCAAAGACAAAAAGGAGAUUUUAUCAAGCUCUGGCUGCUAUGUGAUCAAAGACAAUGCCUCCACCUUGCUGGAGAUCUUCUUUGCAAAGACCUCAGACUCUGGAGACUAUAGCUGUGAGAUCAAGAAUGAUGUCGGCUCCACUUCAUGCCAGGCAACACUCUAUGUCAAAGAGCCCCCAAUAUUCAUUCGAAGCCCUGAACGCCUGUCUGUUGUUCGUCCUGGUCAAAAUAAAGUAUUUGAAUGUCAGGUGACCGGAACUCCAGAGAUAGACAUUAACUGGUUCAGAGGCAGCUCAGAGAUCGUUCCCAGCGAUAGAUACAAGACGUCCUUUAUAAACUCUGUCGCCACCCUGGAGCUCAGUGGGGCUGAGGUCAGAGACAGCGGGCAAUUCUACUGCGAGGCCCGGAAUGAGGCCGGCAGCGAGAGCUGCAGUAUGGAACUCCACGUCAAAGAACCUCCAACGUUUGUGCGAGAACUUUCUCCGGCUGACGUAGUGAAGGGAUCCAUCGCCUGCUUUGUGUGUGGGGUUGCAGGAACAGCUCCAUUUGAGAUAACUUGGUUCAAAAACACAAAGGAGAUAAAGAGCAGUGGGAAAUACGCAAUAUCCCAGGUCACCGGUACUCUGACCCUGGAGGUGCAGAAGUGUGACACUAUAGAUGUAGGGGAGUACCAGUGCACUGUCUCUAACGAGGUCGGAAGCUCGACCUGUAAAACUACACUUAGCAUCAACGAGCCACCAAGCUUUAGCCAGAAGUUUGAGAACGUCAUCACCGUCUUGGGCACAAUGGCAGAGUUUCAAUGUGCCGUUAAGGGCUCCCCAACCCUUUCUGUACAAUGGCAAAAAGAUGAGAGUUGGAUCUUGGAAGAUCCUAAGAUAGAGAGGACAUUUGAGAAAAAUGUUGCCAUGCUCAGGAUAGCUGCCUGUGAGGCUAGUCACAGUGGAAAAUACACCUGCCAGGUGGCCAAUGAGGCUGGGCAGGACAGGUGCUUCUCCAUCCUAACAGUACAAGAACCCCCACAGAUCCCAGAGAAGCCUGAGGUGAUUAAGGUGACAGUUGGAGACCCAGUCAGUCUGGACUGUAAAGUAACUGGUUCCCCUCAGCUCAAAGUCAAAUGGAUGAAAAAUGGCAAAGAGCUGCAGUCAAUUAGACAACAUAAACUGAGCUUCGAAAACAAUGUCAGUAGACUGUUGAUACAGUCAGCCCAGAGUGCAGAUGGGGGAGAAUAUAUCUUUGAAGUGGCCAACCACAUCAGUAGCUGCAGCUGUAACGUUAAAUUGAUCGUUUUAGAGCAAGUAAUCCCACCAAGCUUCAUCAAACCACUGUCAGAAUUCCAGGAGAUUUUGGGCUCCUUUGUGCAAAUCUCAUGCAAAGUGUCUGGAUCUCUUCCCAUCUCUGUGGAGUGGCAGAAAGAUGGAAGCAAAAUCUCCAGUGGAGUCAAACACAAGAUAAUCCAGCAGGACCACUCUGUUUCAAUAGAGAUUGAACAGCUAGAGAAGUCUGAUGCAGGCUCCUACUCUUGCAAACUGACCAACAAAGCUGGAAGCUGUGACAGCAAUGGCACCCUCAGAGUGAAAGAACCCCCCAGCUUUGUUCUGCUGCCUGAGUCUAAGGCUGCCUUGCCCAAUGGCAAUGUGCGCUUCAAAGGCACAUUCACAGGCAGUGCUCCCUUCACCGUGAAAUGGUUGAAGGAGGACACAGAGCUCAUGACUGGGCCCACAUGUUUUACAGGACUGGAAGGACAGUCCUGCUUCUUAGAUCUUUACUCUGUAUCCCUGGCCCACAGUGGAGUCUACUCUUGUCAAGUCAGCAAUGAUGCUGGUUCUACCCGCUGCAGUGCAGACUUAACAGUCAAAGAACCACCCGAGAUUGUGCUGAAACUCCCUGGCACAAAGUUUGUGAAAAAGGGUGAGCCACUCCAUCUGGAGUGCAAGAUCAGUGGCACGGCUCCUCUGAAAAUGACCUGGUACAAAAAUGACAGUCAGGUCACAGAUGGGAGCAACAUAAGGAGGUCCUUUGUUGACUCAGUAGCAGUCCUAGAACUGCUCACCACCAGCUUCCAUGACGAUGGAGUUUACACCUGCGAAGCUCAGAAUGAUGCUGGCAGUGUGAGCUGCAGCACCUCCGUUACUGUUAAAGACCCACCCUCUUUCAUCAAAGUACUUCAGCCAUUCGAGGGGCUGAAGGCCAAAGAUGUGAGUCUGUACUGUGAGAUCAGCGGUACAGCGCCCUUUCAGAUCACCUGGCUCAAAGACAGUAAGCCUCUCAUGGAGAGCAGGAAGUGUAAGAUGCUGAGCGAGGGCAGUUCAGCCACUCUGCAUAUCAUUGGACUUGAGCCUUCUGAUGCUGGCGAAUACGAUUGCAAAGUGUCGAACAGUGUAGGAAGUGAAACCUGCCAGACGUCAGUUAAACUCAGAGAGCCGCCGUCGUUUGUGAAGAGACUGUCAAACAUGACAGCUAUAUUUGGAGAGGAGGUGACCCUUGUUGCCACAGUUAAAGGCUCUGAACCCAUUACUGUGUCCUGGGUUCAGGACAAGGAUCACAUUCUCAGGGAUGGUGACAACAGGAAAAUCACCUUUGAAAACAACCAGGUCACACUUAGAGUCUUUAAGGCUGAUGCCACCACUGCAGGAAAAUACACCUGCCAACUGACAAAUGAUGCUGGCAAUGUGGAAUGUUUUGCUAACUUGACUAUUCUAGAGCCCGCUAAGAUAGUGGAUAAGCCUGAUGCACUGAGUGUUACUGCAGGUGAAAUUGCCGCCUUAGAGGUCAAAGUGUGUGGAACGCCACAGCUCGUUCCUAAGUGGUUCAAGGAUGGUGUAGAGUUGGCCUCUGGAAGGAAAUACAAAAUCUCCUUCUCCAAGAUGAUCUCCAGCCUCAAAGUCCUUUCUGCUGAGAGGCAUGACACUGGAGAAUAUACAUUUGAGGUCGAGAAUGAGGUUGGCAAAGACCUGAGCAAAAUAAACCUCACUGUUCUAGAUAAGAUAAUUCCUCCCUCAUUCUUGAGGACAUUAAAGGAUUGUAAUGCAGUUGUUGGGAAUUCAGGAGACAUUGAAUGCAAAGUGUCAGGCUCCCCGCCGUUCGUAAUCUCCUGGUACCACGACGGAGAGGAGAUACAGAAAGGUCCUAACUAUGAGAUUGCAUUCAGUGACAACAACUGCACACUGAAGGUUCCCACUCUUAAGUUGUCUGAUUCUGGAGUGUAUAAAUGCGCAGCUGUCAACAAGGCUGGAUCAGCUAAAACCACCGCGUCUUUCACUGUGAAAGAGCCACCAACCUUUGUGGUGCAGCCACAACCUGCUGAGGCUAUGCCAGGCACUAGUGUGACCUUCUCAGCCAUUGUGAAGGGCAGUGCCCCACUGAAACUGAAGUGGUUCAGAGGAACCAAGGAGAUGAUGACUGGAGGAGACUGUGAGAUGUCCCUAAAGGAUAACCAGGCCCGCUUGGAGCUUUACAAUGUCAAUAAGUCUUAUGCUGGUGAAUAUACGUGCCAGAUCAUAAACGAUGCAGGAAAGGAGAGUUGUCCUGUUAAUCUGACUGUCAAAGAACCAGCCUACUUUUCAAAGAAGCUGAAGGACAUGACGGUAGAGAAGGGAAAAGCUCUGAUGCUAGAGUGCACGUACACCGGGAGCCCCAUGAUCACAGUGAACUGGUAUAAAGAUGGCCAGCAGAUAUUUGCCUCUUAUAAAUACAACAUCACCACCACAGAGAGCUCCUGUAUCCUGGAGUGUUUGAGCACUGAGGAGAAAGAGGCUGCUGGGAAGUUCUCAUGUCAAGUUUCCAAUGAUGCUGGAACGGACACCUGCGAGGCAUCAGUGACUAUUCUAGAACCCCCCUAUUUCGUUGAGGCCUUGGAGCAUAUGGAGGUGACUACAGGAGAUGCAGUGUGUUUGAAGUGCCAGCUGGCAGGAACCCCUGAAAUCAAAGUGUCCUGGUUCAAGGCUGAUGGCAAAGUGAGGUCCAGCCCAACCUGUAAAUUGGAGUACUCUAAAGGUGUGGCCUGCCUGAAGCUUAGCAAAGCUGGAAAAUCUGAUGUCGGGGAAUACACCUGCAAGGCAGAGAACUGUAUAGGCUCCACCUCCUCUACAUGCAGACUAAGUGUCCAAGAGGCUAAGACACCACCAUCCUUUCCUAAGAAGAUCACCAGUCUGCAGCAGACUGAGGGCAAGGUAGUCAGGUUUGAGUGUCGUGUUGCUGGCUCCUCGCCCGUCGAGGUUUCCUGGCUGAGGGACGGAGAGCCUCUGGAGGGAGACGAGGUCUCCAUGUCGUACGACGACAAUACAGCUGUGUUGGAGAUAAGACCUGGGGAAAUGAGGCACUCUGGAGAGUACAGUUGCGUCGCCACCAACAGCGUCGGUAGCGCUUCCUGUAGAGCCAAGCUCACCCUGCAAGAACCAAGAUACGCACCCAUCUUUGAAACAAAGCUGUCACCACAGGAAGUGACUGUUGGUGAAAGUGUUGAGCUGGAGUGUCACAUGACAGGCUCCGCCCCCAUCAAGGUCACAUGGUCGAAGGACCACAAAGACAUCCGAUCCGGCGGCAACUAUAGGAUGACCUGCGUGGAGAACAUCUCUCAUCUGACCAUUCUAAAGGCAGAUAAAGGGGACACUGGGAAAUACUUCUGCCAUGCCAUUAAUGACAUGGGGAAGGACUCUUGCAGCACAGAUAUCACGGUGAAAGAGCGCAAAAACCCUCCGACAUUCACUAAAAAGCCCUCUGAAAGCAUUGAGGACACGGAGGGCAAGCUGGUGAAGAUCGAGGGCCGUGUAGCCGGUUCUCAGCCAAUGGCUGUGAGCUGGUACAAGGGGGACAUGGAGAUCCAUAGCUCUGACAAAUAUGAUAUCAGUUUUAAGAGCAACGCAGCCGUGCUAUGCAUCAAGAACAGCCAGGUGUCCGACAGCGGGAAGUACUCCUGCCAGGCGUCCAACGAGGCGGGCAAGGCCAGCUGUGGCGUCUCACUUGAUGUAGCUGAGGCCAAGAAGCCACCUGUAUUCGAUGUCCCUCUUAAAGCGGUGACGGUGGUUGAGGGCGACAAGAUGAGCCUUACCUGCCACAUCCGUGGGUCCACUCCUCUGAUUAUCCAGUGGAUGAAGGACAGGAAGGAGCUCAUCUCCUCUGUUGAGGCUGAAGUCAGUUUUGCGGACGGGACUGCCAGCCUGGAGAUCAGCAAGGUGUCCAAGGCCCACGCUGGGGACUACCUCUGCAAGGCCAGCAACGAUGCUGGCAGUGAAUUCUGCAAGGCUAAAGUUACUUUGAAAGAUGGAACAGGUGCAAAGCCUGCUCCCACAGAGGUGCCUACUGCAUCUCAAGCUAAGAAACUGGACAGCUUGUUCUUCAUCGAGGAGCCAAAAUCCAUCAAUGUCUCUGAGAAGGGCACUGCUACCUUUAUCGCCAAGGUUGGAGGUGAUCCCAUUCCCAAUGUGAAAUGGAUGAAGGGGAAGUGGAGGCAGAUCACCCCUGGUGGUCGUAUCUCUGUGGAACACAAAGGGCAGGAGGCCAAGCUGGAGAUAAGAGAAGUGACCAAGUCUGACUCUGGCCAGUACAGAUGUGUGGCAUCCAGCAAACACGGAGAGAUUGAAUGCAGUACAGACAUGCACGUGGAGGAGAAGAAGGAGACAACAGGAUUAGAAGGAGACCUAAGAGCCAAACUGAAGAAGACUCCCUCAAAGCAGAAGAGCCCACAGGAGGAGAAGGACAUCGAUAUUGUUGAGCUGUUGAGGAAUGUAGACCCUAAAGAGUAUGAGAAGUACGCACGUAUGUAUGGCAUCACCGACUACAGGGGACUGCUCCAAGCCAUUGAGCAGCUCAAGAAGGAGAAGGCUGAGGAAAGUGGAAGACCGGAAAUUGAGCGAGGGGACAGAGACUCUGACGAGGACAUGGCUAAGCUGGUGGCUGACCUGCAGAAGAGGAUGGAACGCACCGAGCCCGUGACGGUGGUGAAAGACAUUUGUGACCAGUCUACCUUCAUCAACAAGGAGGCUCUGUUUGAGUGCCAGGUCACCAUCAACUACCCUGAGAUCACCCUGUCUUGGUACAAGGGCACCCAGAAACUGGACAACAGUGAAAAGUAUGGCAUCAGCAUCAGUGGUAACCGCCACCUUUUGAAGAUCAAGGACUGCCAGGCCAGAGACCAAGGCAACUACCGGGUGGUGUGUGGUCCACAUAUCUCCAGCGCCAAGCUCACUGUUAUGGAGGUGGAGAUUGAGAAGCACCUGCAGGACGUAUCAGGUAAGGAAGGCCAGUCCUGUACUUUGACAUGUCAGUUGUCUGUCCCUAACGGGAAAACUGAGUGGUUAAAGAAUGGAAAGCAGAUAGAUGUGAAGGGCAGGUUCACCUCUGAGGUGAAGCACAAGAUUCAGAAGCUUGUGAUUGAAGAGCUGAAGCCAGAAGACCAGGGACGAUACUCCUGUAGAUACCAAAACCUUGAGUCAACAGCUGAACUGUGGGUGGAAGCUGAACAAAUUCAUUUCACCAAACGUAUCCACAACAUUGAGGUCAACGAACGGCAGGCGGCCACCUUUGAGUGUGAAGUCUCAUUUGAUAAUGCGAUCGUGUCGUGGUACAAAGACACCUGGGAACUCAAGGAAAGUCCCAAGUACAACUUCACAAGCGAAGGCAGAAGACAUUUCAUGGUUAUCAGGAAUGUUGCCAUCGAAGACCAAGGAGUUUACUCAGUGAUUGUGAGGUUGGAGCCCCGAGGAGAGGCUAAAAGCACAGCUGAGCUUUAUUUAUCGGGCAAAGAAAUUGAAUUAGCAAGAGUUCCCAUCGAUAUGCCUGACUCCUCAGUACAGAGGCCUGAACAACCGACAUCAGUUGCUAUUCAAGAAUCUUCUGAGUUAUAUCAUUAUGAAGAGAAGAUGGAACAGAGAGUCUCUGCAGAGCUUUCCUAUCACUAUGAGGAGGCAGAGAUGGAGCAGAGAGUUUCCAGGCUUGCGGUUCAGGAAACGGUGGACACCAAGCAAGUAGGAAUGAGAGAGAAGGUUCCGGAAAAAGUUGCGAAGAAGCCAGAGGAGGAACCAGCUGCAGCUGCGAAGGAGCCUUCCCCAUCCAAAGUACUUGUAGCCAAAAAGCCAGUAGAGGAGAACAUUUUGGCAGUUUCACUUCCAGAAAAGAAACAGAGUCCUUCUCCCAAAGAAGCACCAGAUUUGAAGAAGGCUGUGCCUGCUCCCCCCCCCCCUGCAGGGAAGCCAAAUGAGGUGCCAAAGAAAGAUGAACCCAGGCUUCAGUUUCCAGCAGAACCUCAAGCCAAGCCUCAAGCUAGAACAGAAACUGAGGCCAAACCUACUUCGAAAGGACCUCAAGCCAAGCCUAUAAUUCAACCCGAACCUGAGGAAAAGCUUCAACCUAAAGAGGAAACUAGGCCUGAGGCAAAGCUUAAACCUAAAGAAGAAUCCAAACAUGAACCUAAGGCCAAGCUUAAAUCUAAAGAAGAAACUAAAGCUGAGCCUGAGGCGAGGCUUAAACCUAUGGCAGAACCUGAAAUGAAGCCAAAAGAGAAACCUCUAGCUAAACUUGCUCAAAAGACAGAACCUGAGCCAGAAUUCACGGCUCCUAUGAGGAAGCAAGUGACUCAACCAUCAGUCCCUGAAGAAAUCCAGAAAGCUAAGGCUGCAAAACCAGAGCCGAAAGAGGUGAAGCCAGCAGUUAUCAGGCCAGAAAUCAAGGAUCAAAGACCCGAUCCAGCAGCUAAACCGCGAACAGGGUUUUCUAAGCCAGAAGAAGUUCAGGAGCCAGUGAGGGAACCAGUACCCAAGCCCAAACCAGCCAUUAAACAGACUCAUACUGACAAAACAGCCAAACCGGAGCAUUCAAAACCAGAGCCCACAAAUGAAGUGGCUCCAAAGGAGACCCUGAAGACAGAAGCACCAACAAAGAAGAAGGUUGUUAGUCCUGAACCACCAACUUCCAUCCCUCAAACGGUGGACAGAGAUGUACUUCAGAAGAAACCUGUGGCUGAUAAAGUGGAGAAGCCUGAACCAAAACAUAUAGAGGUGGCUGACAGAGCACCUGAACCCCAGAAGGUGUCGCGAGAAGCUCUGGUUAUUGUAGAUGAGAAGAUACAGGAUUCCCCAGAGAGGCGGCCGAAGAUAGCAGUUGAAAAAACACCUGCAAAAACUACAGAAAAAACACUGGAAAAGAAAGUUACAGAGUGGAGACCAGAGGAACCUGAGAAGGCAGUGAUUUCUGAAGUGGGGCUACCUGAGAAGGUUGGUGAAAUUCAGAAGGCAGAGAAGCAGAAGGUUCCUGGAAGGGACAAAGAGUCAUACAGGACUGCAGAAAAACCAACUGCCACUCCUCAUAAGAUCCUGGUUAAAGAGGCUGAGGAGAUUCCUCAGUCAAAGCCUCAAAGAGAAGUAAAGGGGGCCACUCCAAAAGAAGCAGAAGCCGAGAAUAUCCCAGUGAAAGCUGUUCAGGAGCUUGUGCAGAAACCAAGAGAAGAAGCUGGAAGAGUGCCCACGAAGGAAGAAUCAUUUCCACAAGAUAAAGAACCUCUGCCAAAGGCAGUUAGUUCCAAACAAGCGCAAGAUGUAAGCCAAGCUGUUGAAAAGACAAAGCUUCUUCUCCCGGUGAAAGAGGAGACUGGAGAGAGGAAAGAGAAACGACCAGUGAGAAAACCACAAGAUGCUGUACAAGUUGCAGAGGAAACGAUUAAGCAUCCAGUCACUGAACAGACCGAACCUGUUUUGAUGAGUAAUUUGGAAAAAACCAAGAGAGUUGAAGUGACAAAGCCUGAGUCAAAGGCUAAGGAAGUAGCCAAGAAGCAGAGAGAUGAAGAUAAACCUGUGAUGCCGAGGAAGACACCUUCUCCUGGGACAGAUGAAACCAAGGGGCCUGUACAAGCGCCAGGAGGAGUGAAAAAAGACGGACAACCUGCUGAGGAAGCAGGAAGAGGAAGAGGGAGGGGCCUGAAACCCAAGCAGACCCCAUCUCCUGGUGAUGGAGGCCGAGGUAGGGGCCUGAAGCCGGGGGGAAAGGGCCCGUCCCCACCAGAUGAGCCCUUCGCAGGAUUCAAACUCAAAGCUGUUCCUCUGAAGUUCAUCAAAAAGCUUCAAAACAUUGUAUUGACAGAGGCAGAGUCUAUUGGCUCAGCUGCUGUAUUUGAGUGUGAAGUUUCCCCCUCUACUGCCAUUACUACUUGGAUGAAGGAUGGAAGCAACCUCCGUGAGAGCCCAAAACACAAAUUCACCUCAGAUGGCAAAGACCGCAAGCUGAACAUUAUUGAUGUCCAGCUGUCUGAUACUGGUGAAUAUACGUGCGUGGCCAAGAAUGCCGGAAAGGAAAUAUCAUGCACAGCCAAGCUCAUUGUUGAAGAGCUGCCAGUGAAAUGGAUCAAGGAGCUGGAUGAGGAGACCUCACCCCUUAAAGGUCAGCCCCUGUACAUGACCUGUGAGCUGAACAAAGAGAGGGACGUGGUCUGGAAGAGGAGUGGAAAAAUCCUCAAGUUGAAGACUGGCAAAAUCUCCAUCAAUGUCAUUGGUCUGGGGCACGCUGUGACCGUUCAGAACACCACUGAAGAGGAUGCCGGCCUUUACACUUGUGAGGUGGCCAAUCAACCAGAUGUCAUGACUUCAACCAACGUUAAAGUGAUUGAAAUCAUCAAGGACUGGCUGGUGAAGCCUCUGAGAGACCAGCAUGUGAAGCCCAAGGCAGCUGCCACAUUUAAAUGUGAGCUGUUUAAGGAGACUCCUAACUGGAAGUGGCUUAAAGGAGAGACUGAGAUAACGCCUUCUGAUAAGAUCGAGAUUAAGAAGGAUGGAAAGGCACUGACGCUGACUAUUAAGAACUGCCAGCCCGAAGAUGUAUCCGAUUACACUAUGGAGGUGGAGGGACGGGUCUACAGCGCCAAACUCACAUUAGGAGAACGUGAAGCUGAGAUCCUGAAGCCUCUGUCAAGCAUGGAGGUGGUGGAGAAGGACGACGUGACUUUUGAGACUGAGAUCUCAGAGGAAGAUGUUCCAGGGGAAUGGAAGCUGAAGGGAGUGGUCCUGACCAGAUCACCGACGUGUGACAUCCAAAUGGACGGUGCCAAGCGCAGACUGAUCCUGAAGAACGUCCAGAUGGACCAUUCCGGCGAGGUGACCUACACAGCGCUGAACGCCGUCACCAACGCCAUGCUAACAGUCACCGAAAUCGAAAUGGCCUUUGUCGUCCCGCUGGAAGAUGUUUCUGUGCAUGAAAAGAAACAGGCUAAGUUUGAAUGCGUCAUCACAAAGGACGUGUCAAAGGUUAUGUGGUACAAAGGGUCCGACAUCAUCACCCCAGACCAAAAGUAUGACAUAAUUGAUGAUGGGAAGAAACACAUGCUGAUCAUAAACAGCUGUGAGUUUGAUGAUGAGGACGAAUACACGAUAGAAGUGUUGGGGAUAACCUCGACGGCGAAGCUAACAGUGGAGGGUAUAAGACUAACAUGCAUCACGCCAAUCAAGGACCAAACGGUGAAGGAGGGCCAGACUGCUCGCUUUGAGCUGGAGCUCUCUCAUGAGAACGUCCCAGUCACAUGGUUCAGGAACGAUAUGAAGAUCCACCCCAGCAGAACGGUGCUCACGCACGUGGACAGAAAGAAACACGUUCUAGAAAUGAAGGAAGUGACGCUAGAUGACACGUGCCAGAUUAAAGCAGAAGCCAAGGGAAUUCCCUCAAUGGCCAAUCUAACAGUCAUAGAGGGAGACGCAUACUUCACGGUUAAGCUUCAGGAUUACACGGCAUUGGAGAAAGACUCUGUGGUACUGCAGUGUGAACUGAGCAAGGAGGUGGAGGUCAUGUGGUACCACAAUGAGAAGGAGCUCAAGGGCUCUAAGAAGGUGUCCAUCAGAGCCGAGGGCAAGCGGAGAAGCCUGAGCAUCAAGAGGGUGGAAGACCAAGACAAAGGGCAGUACAUGUGUGACUGUGGAACUGACAAGACGCUUGCUUCACUAAACAUUGAAGCUCGCCACAUCAAGGUGGUGCGACCUCUGUAUGGGGUGGAGGUGUUUGAUGGGGAGACGGCUCGUUUUGAGGUGGAGAUCUCGGAGGAUGACGUCCACGGCCAGUGGAAACUAAACGGAGAAAUCCUCAGUCCCUCUUCUGAUGUUGAGAUAGUGGAAGAUGGAGCCAAGCACACUCUGAUCUUGUACAACUGUAAGGUGCCCCUGACAGGAGAGUUGUCCUACAGCGCUGCUGAUGCUAAGUGCUCUGCUAACCUGAAAGUGAAGGAAAUCCCAGUGUCGUUCAUGACGCCACUGAGCGAUGUUCAUGUGUAUGAAAAAGAAGAAGCCAGAUUUGAGCUGGAAGUGUCCAGGGAGCCAAAAAGCUUCCGCUGGAUGAAAGGGCCACAGGAGUUGUCAAGUGAUGAGCGAUAUGAGCUGGGGGUGGAGGGGACGAGACACACACUGCUGGUGAAAUCAGCCAAAUACGAAGACGAAGGAAAAUACAUAUUUGAGGCUGAAGACAAGAGAACUUCUGGCAAGCUGAUAAUCCAAGGAAUCCGUCUGGAGUUUGUUAAGCCCAUCAAAGACGUUACUGUGAAGGAACGAGAGACUGCAGAAUUCAGCGUGGAGCUUUCUCAUGACGACAUCUCUGUUAUAUGGUACAAGAACGAUGUCCGUCUGCACCCCAGCAAGUUGGUCCACAUGUUGGACCAGGGCAAGACCCACAUCCUGGCAUUCAAGGAAGUGACCAUCGAUGACACCUCCCUGAUCAGGGUGGAGGCCAUGGGCAAGUGCUCCGAGGCUAUGCUCACCGUCAUUGAGGGAGACUUGUACUUCACCACCAAGCUGCAGAACUACACAGCUGUGGAGAAGGAUGAAGUUUCUCUGGUCUGUGAACUCAGCAAGUCUUUAGCAGAGGUCCAAUGGUUCAAGGAUGGUAAAGAAAUCAUUCCCUCAAAGAAUAUUGUUACCCAAACUGAUGGCAAGAAGCGUUUGCUGACCAUAAAGAAGGCAUCAAAAGCUGACAUUGGAGAAUACUCCUGUCACUGUGGUACGGACAAGACGACCGCCAGUCUGAACAUCGAAGAGCGGGACAUCAAGGUGGUUCGUCCGCUGUACAGCGUGGAGGUCACAGAGCUGGAGACGGCUAAGUUUGAGACGGAGAUCUCUGAGGGGGAUCUUCACGGGAACUGGAAGCUGAAGGGAGAAGCUCUUCUCCAGUCUUCAGACGUGGAGAUCAAGGAGGAAGGCACCAGACACACGCUGGUCCUCUUCAACGUCCGCUUGGAUAUGGCCGGAGGAGUGGAUUUCUCUGCAGCUAACGCUAAAUCUACGGCCAUGCUCAGAGUCAAAGCCCGGGUGAUCAGCCUGAGCAAGGUCCUGGAGGACGCCGUGGUGACGGCCGGGGAGACGGCCACCUUCCAGUGUGAGCUAUCUUUCGAAGGCAUUGCUGUCGAGUGGUUCCUGGGGGGUACCAAGCUGGAAUCAAGCAAUAGAGUGGUCACAAGAGCUGAAGGCAAAGUGCACUCACUUACACUAAGAAAUGUAAAACUGGCUGAGGCAGGUGAGGUGAGACUGGCAGCCAAGGACUUCCAGACAAAAGCCAACCUGAUUGUGAAAGAGCAACCAGUAGAGUUCAGCAAACCUCUGGAGGACCAUACGGUUGAAGAAGAGGCCACUGCCACCCUUGAGUGUGAAGUUUCCAGGGAGAACGCUGAGGUCCAUUGGUUCAGAGAUGGACAGGACAUCCGCAAGACCAAGAAAUACGAAAUAAUUGUUGAUGGCUGUAAGAGAGCCCUCAUCAUUCAUGACUGCACUAUGGACGAUUGCAGAACUUACACUUGUGACGCAAAGGACUUCAAAACCUCCUGCUUCCUCACUGUGGAGCCCCCUCAUGUCCAGUUCUCUAAGCCUCUCCAUGAUGUGGAGGUCCGUGAGAAGGAGUCUGCCAGGUUUGAAUGUGAAGUUUCCAGGGAGAAUUUGAAGGUUCGCUGGUUUAAAGAUGGAAGUGAGAUCAGGAAAGGGAAGAAGUAUGAAAUUAUUGCUCAAGGUGUCCAGCAUGUCCUGGUGAUCCACAAGUCUGUGUUCGAUGACGAGGCAGAAUACGAAUGUGAUGCUAAGACCAUCAAGUCCUCUGGCAUGCUGACAGUCGUUGAGGAGGAAGCUAGGUUCAGCAAGAAUCUGUCCAACGUGGAUGGAAUGGAGACAGACAGUGUCAAACUGAUCUGUGAAGUGUCCAAGCCCAGUGCAGAGGUCACUUGGUACAAAGGGGAGCAGGAGCUGCCUGAGGGAGGUCGCUAUGAGCAGAUCAUGGAUGGAAAGAGAAGGAUCCUCAUCAUCCAGGACCUGAAGAUGGAGGAUGUUGGGGAGUACACAUGUAGACUGAGUCCCACCAUCAAGACCUCUGGAAACCUCAUGAUCAAUGAACUGGCUGCUGAGUUCACCUCAAGGCCUCAGAGCCAGGAGGUGGUGGAGGGAGAGAAGGCAGAGUUUGUCUGCUCUGUCUCCAAGGAAACCUAUGAGGUGAAGUGGUUCAGAGGUGACAAGGAGCUGGAGGCCGGAGACAAGUACAAGAUGAUCAGCGACGGCAAGAAGAGAACUCUGCUAAUCCAGAGCUCUGAGUGCAAAGACGAGGGAGGAUACAUCGUGGUGAUCGGAGGCAACCGGGCCAGUGCUGACCUAACCGUGCUCGAGAAACUCAGAAUCAUGACCCCACUGAAGGACACGGAGGCGCAGGAAGGAAAGGAGAUUGUCCUGAACUGUGAGGUGAACUCUGAGGGAGCCAAGGCUAAGUGGCUGAAGAACGACGAGACCAUAUUUGAGAGCAGCAAGUUCAUCAUGGUCCAGAGAGACAAUGUUUUCUCUCUGAGGAUCAAAGAUGCCCAGAAGGCUGACGUGGCCAACUACUCCAUUAUCCUGACCAACCAAAGAGGAGAGCAGGCCAAAAGUGCAUGCAACCUCACUGUCAAAGAGGAGAGCCUGAGGUUUGUGGUUCCUCUGGAGGAUAUUGACACCCAGGAGAGGAACACAGUGAGCUUCUCCUGUAAAGUGAACCGAACAGGGGCCAAACUGCUCUGGAUGAAGGGUAGCCAGGAGCUCUCCUUCAGCAAGCGCAUCGUGUACCGGGCUGACAAGGACCAACACACCCUGACAAUUAAAGACUGUACCCUGGCUGACGAAGGAGACUACACAGUGGUCGCUGGAGUCAACAAGUCCACAGCAGACCUGAUCAUCAGCGAGGCUCCCACUGACUUCACAGCCCAGCUCAAAGACCAGACCAUCACAGAGUUUGAAGAUGCAGAGUUCAUCUGCAAGUUGUCCAAGGAUAAGACUGAAGUGAAAUGGUACAGAGAUGGACGUGAAAUCCGAGAGGGACCAAGAUACACUUUCGGAAAAGAUGGAAAGACUUGCAAACUGAUAAUCAAGGAGUGCAGACCAGAUGAUGAGUGUGAAUACGCUUGUGGUGUGGAGGAAAAGAGAUCCAGAGCCAGGCUCUUUGUUGAAGAAACGGCAGUGGAGAUCAUCAGACCUCCCCAGGAUGUGUUCGAGCCUCCAGGCUCCGACAUUGUGUUUGAGGUGGAGCUCAACAAGGACCGAGUGGAAGUCAAGUGGUUGAGGAACAACAUGACUGUGGUGCAAGGAGAUAAGUACCAGAUGAUGAGCGAGGGGAAGAUUCACCGCCUGCAGGUGUGUGAGAUCCGCCCUCGCGACCAAGGAGAGUACAGAGUCAUCGCAAAGGACAAGGAUGCCAAGGCCAAGCUGGAGCUGGCAGCUAUGCCCAAGAUUAAGACUACCGACCAGAGCUACGUGACUGAUGCUGGCAAGCCCAUCGUCAUGGCGGUUCCCUACAGCGCUUACCCCAAGCCUGAAGCGCAGUGGCUGUUUGGGAGCAGCCCCCUGUCCAAGGAUGACAUUCAUACAUCAGCUGACAGGACAGAGUACCAACUCAAAGACCCCAAGAAGACAGACGAGGGACACUACAAAGUCUUCAUCAAAAACAAACACGGCGAUGGAGAGGCCUUCAUCCACCUGGCUGUUGUUGACGUGCCCGGACCGGUGAAGGGCCUCCAGGUGACUGACACCGCUGACGGUGAGGUGAGUCUUGCCUGGGAGGAGCCAGAGAGCGACGGCGGAAGCAAGAUUGUUUCUUACGUGGUGGAGAGACGGGAUGUGAAGCGUAAGACCUGGACCCUGGCAACAGACCAUGCAGAGACCCCUGAGUUCACAGUGACCGGCCUCCAGAAGGAACCCAUGUACCUAUUCAGAGUCUGCGCUCGCAACAGAGUAGGCUGCGGGCCAAACAUUGAGACAGACAAACCUGUGCAAGCCAAGAAUAAAUUUGAUGUGCCGGAGGCACCUCUCAACGUGCUCGUGAGCAAAGUCAGUAAGUUUGGCUGCACAGUGUCUUGGGAGCCUCCAGAGUCCAACGGAGGGUCGCCCCUCACAGGCUACGUCAUCGAGCUUCGUGACCGCACCUCCGUCAAAUGGUCCGCCGUCCAGGUGACCAAGGCAGACGAACUCAGCGCUAUCAUCAAUGACGUCAUUGAGAACAAAGAGUAUAUCUUCAGGGUGAAGGCUGAGAACAAGGCUGGGGAAGGCAAACCUAGCGCUGCUUCACGACCGGUCAAUAUCAUGGACCCCAUUGAACGCCCAAGUCCCCCUCUGAACCCAGUUUGGCAGGACCAGAACAAAAGCUCAGUGCAGCUCUCCUGGGACACCCCCACCAGUAAUGGAGGUAGCAUCAUCACCGGCUACAUCAUUGAGCGAUCCGAGGAAGGAUCAAACAAGUGGUUGCGCUGUAACGCCAGACUUUGCCAGGACCUUUCCUACAAGGUUACUGGUCUGAAAUACGGCACCAAAUACAACUACCGUGUGUUUGCUGAGAACGCUGCUGGCCUCUCUGACCCAUCCAACACCAUGGGACCUCUGCUGGCGGACGACGUCCAUGUGGCUCCGACCAUCGACCUGAGUGCCUUCAGGAAUGGACUCGAAGUAAUUGUUCCUCAUUCACUCACCAUCCGUGUGCCAAUAACCGGAUACCCCACACCGACUGCAAAGUGGACCUUUGGAGACAAGCAGCUGACUUCUGAUGAUGAACGAGUGACCAUGGUGACCAAGUCGACCUUCGUAGAGCUGGUGGUGACCCCUAGUUUGCGUCCGGAUCAGGGCACCUACUCCCUGACGCUUGAGAACGAUGUCACCUCUGUCUCAGGAGAGAUUGAAGUGACUGUCAUCGCUUCCCCCAGCGCCCCCAAAGACUUCAAGGUGCAGGAGGUGACCAGACAGCAUGUCCACCUCAUGUGGGAAGCCCCCGAACAUGAUGGAGGAAGCCCAUUGACCGGAUACCAGGUGGAGAAACGAGAUAUGUCACGCAAGACCUGGGUCAAGGUUGUAUCAGGACUCCAGGACCAGGAGUACACUGUGACGGAUGUGAUGGAGGGCAAAGAGUACCUCUUCAGAGUAACAGCCUGCAAUAAGUGUGGUCCAGGAGAACCAGCCUACAUUGACGAGCCGGUCAACGUCUCCUCUCCUGCCACGGUGCCUGACCCCCCAGAGAACCUGAGGUGGAGAGACAAGUCUGGAAGUGGCAUUUUCCUCACCUGGGAACCCCCAAAGUACGACGGAGGCACUGGCAUCAAGGGCUACAACGUGGAACGCUGCCAGAGAGGAACCGAUAAGUGGGAGCCUUGUGGAGACAUGGUGCCUGAGCUCAAGUGCCAGGUGACUGGUCUGCAGGAGGGACAGUGGUACUCCUACAGAGUCAGAGCGCUCAACCGUCUAGGAGCAAGCAGACCCUGCAAGGCCACAGACGAGAUCCUGGCCGUGGAUCCCAAAGAACCUCCAGGGAUUCAGCUGGAUGCCAAGCUUCUGGCCGGUCUGACUGCCAAGGCUGGUAGCAGGAUCGAGCUUCCUGCUGAGGUUACCGGUAAGCCUGAACCCAAAGUGAAGUGGACCAAGGCUGACCUGGUACUCAUCAAAGACGAUAGAGUCUCAAUCGACACCAAGCCAGGCCAUUCAACGGUCACCAUUGCUAAGACUACAAGAGAAGACACCUCAACUUACAUAAUCGAAGCCACCAACAGCAGUGGACGCGCUACAGCCACUGUCCAUGUCAACAUUCUAGAUAAGCCUGGUCCCCCGGCUGCCUUCGACAUCUCUGAAAUCACCAACGAGUCCUGCUUCCUGUCCUGGAAUCCCCCCAGAGACGAUGGAGGCUCCAAGAUCACCAACUACAUCGUAGAGCGUCGCGCUGCAGAAAGUGAAAUCUGGCACAAGCUUUCCUCCACUAUCAAACUGACGACCUACAAGGCUGUGGGUCUGGUCAGUUUCAAAGUAUACAUUUUCAGAGUGUUUGCUGAAAACCAAUUUGGCGUUGGUACAUCAGCAGAACAUCCAUCCAUCAUUGCCAGAUAUCCCUUCAACACUCCUGGAGCUCCUUACAAGCUGGAGCCCUCAGACAUCGCCAAAGACUCCCUAAACCUGUCGUGGUACGAGCCCGACGAGGAUGGAGGCAGUCCUAUCACUGGCUACUGGAUGGAGCGCUACGAACCGGACCAUGACAAGUGGAUCCGAUGCAACAAACUGCCCAUUAAAGACACCAACUACCGGGUCAAAGGUCUUCCCACCAGGAAGAAGUACAAGUUCAGAGUACUUGCUGAGAACUUAGCUGGAACAGGGAAACCCAGCAAGGAGACUGAUCAAAUCCUGGUCAAAGAUCCUAUCGAUCCUCCAUGGGCCCCUGGUAAACCAACAGUGAGGGACGUGGCCAAGACCUCAUGUUUCCUCAUGUGGACCAAACCAGAGCACGAUGGUGGAGCCAAGAUCGAUGGCUACAUCAUCGAGAUGCUGAAGAGUGGAACCGCAGACUGGAUCAGAGUUGCCGACGACAUCAACCUCCUGGAGCACUCCCUCAGGGGUCUGAUGGAGAAACAGGAGUACUCAUUCCGAGUCAAGGCCGUCAACAAGGCUGGAGAGAGUGAGCCCAGCGAGCCCAGCGACCCUGUGCUCAUCAAGGAGAGACUCUCGCCCCCCAUGGCUCCACGCUGGCUGCUGGUGGUAAGCAUCAGCAGGAACAGUGCUGAGAUGAAGUGGACGGCCCCUGAGAGGGACGGAGGCUCCCCCAUCACCAACUACGUGGUGGAGAAGAGGGAUGUGAGGAGGAAGGGCUGGCAGGCGGUGGACACCACGGUGAAGGAGCUCAAGUACUGUGUGACGCCCCUCAACGAGGGCUCCCUGUAUGUGUUCAGAGUGGCCGCUGAGAACGCUGUUGGAGUCGGAGCCUUCUGUGAACUGGAGGACUCGGUUCUGGCCAAGGACACUUUCACAACUCCUGGACCCCCUUAUGGCCUGGCGGUGCUCAGUGUCAGUAAGAGACACGUGGACCUGCAGUGGGAGGCACCUAAGAACGACGGAGGCAGACCUAUCCUCAGGUAUUCCCUUGAGAAGAAGGAGAAGCUUGGGACCCGCUGGGUGAAGUGUGGUAAGACCUCAGGGCCAGACUGUAAGUACAGAGUGACCGACGUCAUCGAGGGAACCGAGGUCCAAUUCUUGGUGCGAGCUGAGAACGAGGCUGGGGUCGGACAUCCCAGCGAACCUACAGAGAUCAUUACCAUUGAAGACCCCACAGGUGUUCCAUCACCACCCAUUGCACUCCAGAUCACUGGAGCCAGCCGGGACUCCCUUUCCAUUGGCUGGAAGCCCCCAGAGAGGACUGGCGGAAGCCCCAUCAGUGGCUACCAUGUUGAGAUGUGUGAGGCCGGGACGGAGAAGUGGAUGAGAGUCAACUCCAGGCCUGUUAAGGAACUCAAGUUCUGCAUCGACGAGGGAGUGGUAGCCGAGAAGGAGUACGUCCUGAGAGUCCGUGCCAUCAAUGCUGUGGGCGUGAGCGAGCCCUCAGACAUGUCUGACAACGUGUUUGCAAAGGAGAGCGACUGUUUCCCCACCCUGGAGUUCCAGACCCUGGACCUGGUGGUGGUAGAGACGGAGAAGAUGCACAUCCCAGUGCCCUUCAGGGCCGUCCCCUCACCAAAGAUCAUCUGGCACAAAGAUGGCAAGGAGCUGAGGGCAGAUGAGCGUCUGGGCUUCAGGAAGGAGUACACCUCCUGUCACCUGGAGGUGGACAGCAGUAUCCAUGGUGACGCCGGACAGUACAAAGUUACACUGGAGAACAAGCUUGGAGCCGCCAGUGCUGCCAUCAACGUCAAAGUCAUCGGUCUGCCUGGUCCUUGUAAGGCAAUCCUGGCCUCAGAGAUCACUAAGAGCACCUGCAAGGUGACCUGGGACCCUCCAGACUACGACGGAGGAAGCCCUGUUCUUCACUAUGUUCUGCAGCGCCGCGAGGCAGGCAGGAGGACAUAUGUCAACAUGAUGUCAGGGGAGAACAAGGUGAGCUGGCCUGUGAAGGACCUGAUCCCCAACGGAGAGUACUACUUCCGUGUCCAAGCUGUGAACAAGAUCGGAGGAGGAGAAUACAUCGAGUUGCGCAACCCAGUCAUCGCACAGGACCAGAAACACGUUCCUGACCCACCAGUGGACGUAGAGACUCACAACGCCACAUCCAAGACUGUCACACUGACCUGGAAACCCCCCAUGUACGACGGGGGAGCCAAGAUCAUGGGCUACGUCCUGGAGAAGCUCCAGAAGGGCCUGGACAAGUGGGAGAGGUGCAACGACUUCCUGGUUCCUGUGCUCUCCUACACCGUGAGGGGCCUGACUGAAGGGAGGAACUACCAGUUCAGGGUCAAGGCUGAGAACGCUGCUGGGGUCAGCGAACCCUCUCGCAGCUCAUUGUUUGUCAAGGCCUCCGACGCUAGAGAUCCUCCCAAGGUGUUCCUCAGCGGCAAUGUGCAGUCGGGUCUGAACAUCAAGAGAGGCUGUGAGAUCUGUCUAGAUGCCAACAUUUCCGGAUAUCCAUACCCUCAGAUCACCUGGUACUGGAAUGACCAGGUCAUCAGACCAGAGGCCCUCAGGGUGAGGCCCGACAGACCCAUCAAGAAGAAGGUUGUGAAGAGCCAAGUGGAGGAGAAGAAAGAGGAAGGAGAGAAGAAAGAAGAGAAGAAGGAAGGAGAGACCAAGGUGGAAGAGAAGAAAGAAGAGGAGAAGAAGGAAGAGGAACAGCCAGCAGAGGCAGAGCCAGAGGAGUCUGACUAUCCCACCAUCAACGAGCGUCUGAGCCUCGAAGACUGCAAGAGGGGGGAGUCCCGGAUCGUUGUCAAGGACACCAUCCGUGGAGACCAUGGAGUCUACACCAUCACGGUGAAGAACGACCAGGGAAAAGCUUCUGCUUCUUGUGAUGUCAACGUGCUUGAUACACCUGGACCUGCGGUCAACUUCCGCUUCGAGGAGGUGAGGAAGAACAAUGUAGUCUGCAAGUGGGACACACCCCUGGACGACGGUGGAAGCGAGAUUCUCAAUUACACCUUGGAGAAGAAAGACAACUCCAAGAUUGAGAUUGGCUGGAGCUCAGUCACCGCCACAUUGCGCGGCUGUCGCUACCUGGUGACCAAACUCAUCGAGAAGAAGGAGUACAUCUUCAGAGUGGUGGCCGAGAACAAGUUUGGUGCUGGUCCGGCCUGCGUGUCCAAACCCCUCAUUGCCAAGGAUCCCUUCGAUCCUCCAGAGAUUCCAGAUAAGCCAGACAUCGAUGACAUCACUGCCCACAGCAUGGUGGUGUUGUGGAGCGAGCCCGCGGACAACGGCAGCCCCAUCCUGGGCUACUGGGUAGAGCGCCGUGAGAUUAACAGCUCCAAAUGGGCCCGCGUCAACAGGGACUUGGUUGCAGACACAGAGGUGACCGUGGAAGGCCUCAUAGAGGGUCUGACCUACAUCUUCAGAGUCGCAGCAGAAAACCAGGCUGGGCCUAGCAAGUUCAGCAUCCCCUCUGACCCUAAGACUGCCCAUGCCCCCAUACUCCUUCCUGGUCCUCCUGUUGCCAGGGUGAUGGAAACUACAGACCACUCUAUCGAUGUUGAGUGGGAUGCUCCCCUGGACAACGGUGGAGGAGAUAUCCUGGGGUACCAUGUUGACAAGGCCAUGGUUGGAACCAAGGACUGGUCCAGGUCUACAGAGCGACCCUGGAAGACCCGGGCCUUCACGGUCUAUGGGGUCCGAGAGGGAGCCAAGUACAUGGUCAGAGUUAUUGCCUGCAAUGCUGCUGGAGAAGGAGCACCAGGCUUCACUGAGUCCGUGUUCGUCAGGAACCCUGCUGAGAAGCCAGUCAUCGAACUGGACCUGUCUGUGAAGAACGGUGUGGUCAUCAGAGCAGGAGAGACACUUAACCUCCCAGCCACUGUCACAGGGAAACCUAAACCCUCCAUCACCUGGGUGGUCAAUGACAGCAAACCAGACAAGGAGCGUGUGGAGAUCCUGGAGGAUGGCGACCAGAGCAUCGUCCACAUCAAGAAGGUCCAGAGGAAGGACUGUGGGAAAUACCUAAUUUCUGCCUCCAACCCAAGUGGAACCAAGUCUGCCUGGGCCCGGGUGGAUGUCAUGGAUGUCCCUGGCCCAGUCACAGACCUGAAGCCUGUGGUCGUCACUCGCAAGAUGAUCUUCCUGAACUGGGACGACCCAGACGACAACGGUGGAAGUGACAUCACUGGCUUCAUCGUGGAGCGGAGGGAUGCUAAGAUGCACACGUGGAGGCAGCCCGUGGAGACGGCCUCCUCCAAGUGCGAGUGUGUAGGUAUCAUGGAGGGCCAGGACUACAUGUUCCGGGUCAUCGCCAAGAACAAGUAUGGCAUGGGACCCCCCCUGGAACUGGGACCCAUCAAGGCUGUGGACCCACAAGGACCCCCCAGCUACCCUGAGAAGUUCCACUACACAGAGAGGACCAAGAACUCCAUCACCCUGUCCUGGAAACCACCUCGUAAUGAUGGCGGCAGCCCCAUCAUCGGCUACUUUGUAGAGAAGAAGAAACAUGACCAGCAGGUCUUUGAGCCCUGCAACAAAGACAUCUGCCCCAACCAGACCAUGACCUUGGAGGGUCUGGAGGAGUCCUGGAUGUACGAGUUUAGGAUUAAAUGUGCCAACCUGAUUGGAGAGAGCGAGCCCUCCAUUCCUUUGACGGUUGUGAUUCAGGAUGAUGAAGUGUCUCCUGAGAUCCACAUGCUGAAGGUCUUCAAGGGAGACUCCAUCACGGUGAGGAAGGGCGACCUCAUCGAGAUCCCGGCCGACGUGAUUGGUCUUCCCAUCCCCAAGGUGGAGUGGUUCAAGGACGACGUUCUGAUAGCGGAGGCUUCAGAGAGCCUGCUGAUGGAGACAGUGGAGACCGGCAGGAUGAACUGUAACACCUGCGUCUCCAUGCCUUCGGCCAACCGGCGGGACAAGGGCAGCUACACCGUCACUGCCUCCAACAACAUGGGCACCUGCAGACACACCGUCUUCGUCAUGGUGCUAGACCGCCCACUGCCCCCCAGGAAUGUGAUGGUGUCCAACAUCAAGGGAGAGUCUUGCUCCCUGCAGUGGGACAAACCGCUCGACAACGGUGGCAGCGAGCUCACCAACUACAUUGUGGAGAGGAAGGAGGUGUUGAGCGAGGAGCCAGAAGUGGAGGAGGGCGAGGAGCCGCCUGCUGCACCCCAGUGGACCGAAGUCACCAACAGCAUCAUUGAGAGGAGAUUUGGGGUGUGGAACCUGGAGACCAAUAAAAUCUACCUGUUCCGGGUCCGAGCUGAGAACCGCUACGGUAGGUCCGACCCCUGUGCCACAGAAGAAGUUCUCAUCACGGAUCCAUUCGGCCUUCCUGGGCCACCAGAGAAGCCAACCAUCGCUGAGUACUCCAAGACCUCUAUGACCUUAACCUGGGAGCCCCCCAGGGAAAAUGGCGGCUCUCUGGUCACCGGCUACUGGCUGGAGAAGAGGGAGAAAGGCUCCUCCUACUGGGCCAAGGUCAACAAGGUUCCCGUCACAAAGCGUGGCCUUAAGGGCUGGGAAUACCAGGUUACCCGUCUGAAUGAGGGGACGGAGUACGAGUUCCGAGUAGCAGCGUCCAACUCUGCAGGAAUCGGACCUUUCAGUGGCGCUUCAGACUCUGCCUUUGCUGUCGACCCUCUCACUCCCCCCGGCAUGCCGGCUGCCCCGACGAUUGCGGACAAGACCAAGCACAGCGUCACCUUGUCUUGGAGCGCCCCAGAGUGGGACGGUGGAAGUCCUAUCAAAGGCUACAUCAUCGAGAUACAAGAUGAAGGCUCCUCAGAGUGGGCGAGGAUCAACGACGCAGAUUCUCUGCACCCCACUACCGAGUUCACUGUCCCCAGCCUCCGAGAGCUCAAACUGUACCGCUUCAGGAUCAUCGCGGUCAAUGACAUCGGGGAGUCCGACCCCAGUCCUCGCACCGCAGAGGUUCUGGUAGAGGAGGUUCAGGUUGAACCCAAGCUGUUGCUGGACAUGCUGGCAGACGACCUGCUCUGCAUCAGGGCUGGUGACCCAAUUAGGAUCCCGGUCAUUGUCAAGGGCCGCCCCGUUCCCAAGGUUACCUGGGACUUUGAUGGCAAAGCCAAGUCGCACAAGAAGAACAAAAUGCACACAUUGCCAGUAGACUCUGAGAUUGAAUCUACAGACAUGACCUCUACCGUGACCAUCCCUGUCAGCCUGAGGAGUCAUUCAGGACGCUUCACCAUCACCGGAAAGAACAAGUCUGGACAGAAACACAUCAACGUCAGAGUUAAUGUCCUUGAUGUUCCUGGGGCUCCAAAGGAUCUGAGGGUGACUGACAUUGCCAAGUCAACGAUGAGGCUAAUCUGGAAGCUUCCAGACAACGAUGGAGGAGAGAGAAUCAAGAGCUACUUCAUAGAGAAGAGAUGUGUCACCGACAAGGCCUGGACCACGGUGAACGCCACGUGCGCAAGCCAGGCGUAUGUGGUCCCAGGUCUUCUGGAGGGACAGGAGUACCUGUUUAGGGUCCGCGCUGAGAACCGCAUCGGAUUCAGCCCUUACACUGUAACCAGUGAGCCUUCAAGGGCCCGGGACCCCAUCUACCCUCCUGACCCCCCCACGAAGGUCAGGGUGAAUCUGGUCACCAAGACCACGGUGACCCUGACCUGGGAGGCCCCUAAGAACAACGGCGGCUCUCGGGUCACACACUACCUCAUUGAGCGUCUGAGCUGGGACACCAGUGGCAAGGAGAAGGAGACGUGGAAGCAGUGCAACAAGAGGGAAGUGGAGGAGCUCACCUUCGUGGUGGAGGACCUGAAGGAGGGAAUAGAAUACGAGUUCAGGGCGAAGGCUGUGAAUGCAGCCGGCCCCAGCAGACCCUCGGCAACGGCCGGACCCCUGGUGAUCAAGGAUCAGACAUGCGCACCCACCAUCGAAAUGCGUGAGGCGGUGGAGGGAGAGGAGGGCUGUGAUGUCAGUCUGCUGGCUAAGAUCAGCGGCUGCCCCUUCCCCACCCUCACCUGGCUGAAGGCCAGCCUGGCCAAACCUGAGGACAAGACAGGGGUGCAGUACGACCAGCACACCAACAAGCUGGUCACCCAGGAGAAGUGUACCCUGCUCAUCCAGCAGUCCAAGAGGGAGGACUCUGCCCUCUACACCCUGACCGCCAGCAACAGCCUGGGCAAGGCAUCCAAGGACAUCACCCUGACUGUCCUCGGUCGCCCCGGCCCCCCGGUGGGACCCAUCAAACUGACGGAGGUGUUUGCUGAGCGCAUCGGUCUGGCAUGGAACCCUCCCAAAGACAACGGAGGAUCCAAAAUCACCAACUACGUGGUGGAGAAGCGUGAGGACAACAGAAAGUCCUGGGUGCACGUGUCCAACGACCCCAAGGAUUGUGCUUAUGUGGUGACCCGACUCACGGAGAACCACGAGUACGAGUUCCGGGUCAUGGCUCAGAACAAGUUUGGAGUGGGACCACCCAUAAGCAGUGAACCAGAGAAGGCCAGGAACCUCUUCACGGUUCCUGGUCAGUGUGAGAAGCCCACGGUCACCGAGGUGUGUCUGGAGUCCAUGACAGUGAACUGGGAAGAGCCUGAGUACGACGGAGGCUCCUCAAUUACCGGCUACUUCAUUGAGAAGAAGGAGACCACCUCCAAGCGCUGGGCCAGGGUCAGCCGCGAGCCAAUCAGAGCGCUGCCUCUGGGGAACAACUGGGACGUCACCGGGCUGAUAGAGGGCUCCAUGUACCAAUUCAGGGUCAUCGCCAUAAACGCGGCCGGCUGCGGCCUCCCCAGUGUUCCCUCGGACCCUGUGCUCUGCAGGGACCCCAUCACACCCCCUGGCCCCCCGUCCCCCAAAGUGACAGACUGGACCAAGUCCACCGUGGAGCUGGAAUGGAUUCCCCCUCAGACGGACGGAGGCUCCAAGGUGACCGGCUACUUCGUGGAGUACAAGGAGGUGGACAAGGCGGAGGAGGAGAAGAAGGCUCAGAGAAUGGCCCUGAUGCUGAGCGAGCCAGAAGAGGAGGAGAAGGAGGGAGAGCCUGAGGAGUGGGAGAAGGCUAAAGAUAAGGAAAUCAGAGGAACCAAGUUUGUGGUUCCCGACCUAAAGGAGGGCAGUCAGUACCGCUUCAGGGUGAGAGCCGUCAACGCUGCUGGGGUUGGAGAGCCAGGAAUCGUCUCAGAGCUAAUUGAGCUCAAAGACAGAACCAUUGCUCCUGAGAUGGACCUGGAUGCAUCUGUUAAGGAGAAGAUCGUAGUACAUGCUGGUGCCACCAUCCGUAUCAUUGCCUACGUCUCUGGUAAACCAGCUCCAUUUAUCAGCUGGUGUCGCGAUGAUGCAGACGUUCCCAAGGAGGCGGUUGUGGAGACAACUGGCAUCUCUAACUCUCUGGUCAUCAAGAACUGCAGGCGCCAACACCAAGGAAUCUACACCCUUUCCGCCAAGAACGAGGGUGGCGAGAGGAGAAAGGCUGUGGUCGUAGAAGUUCUUGAUGUGCCUGGCCCAGUGGGUCUUCCCUUCACUGGAGAGAAUCUGACCAACGACUCGUGUAAACUGACGUGGUCUUCUCCUGAGGACAACGGUGGCUCGGCCAUCACUAACUAUAUCAUAGAGAAGAGAGAGUCUGAUCGCAUGGGCUGGACCUCGGUGUCCUACACGGUGACCAGGAACAACGCGGUUGUCCAGGUUCUCAUUGACGGGAAGGGAUACUUCUUCAGGAUCGCAGCAGAGAACAUCAUUGGCAUGGGACCCUUCAUCGAGACCGACAAGAUGGUUCUCAUCAAGGACCCCAUCUCUGUUCCUGAGCGUCCAGAAGAGCUGGAAGUCACCGCCAUCACCAAGGAAUCCAUUUCUGUUUCCUGGAGACCACCCAAGUACGAUGGUGGUGCUGAGAUCACCCAGUAUAUCUUGGAGUCUCGUCUGAUCGGAAAAGACAACUUCACGCCUAUCGGUGGAGAAGAGAAGCUGAUGGACAAGAAGUUUACCCAUGCUGGCCUGAAGGAGGGUUCCAGCUACGAGUUCAGAGUUUCUGCCGUCAACCAGGUCGGCAAGGGCAAAGCCUCCUUCUGCACCAAACCCAUCCAGGUCAAGGAGGAGCUUGAACCUCCUGCCCUGGACCUGGACUUCAGAGACAAGAUGAUGGUGAAGGUAGGAGACAUGUGCAACCUGCAGGGUCGCUACAGUGGCAAGCCAGCGCCCACCAUCACCUGGAGCAAGAACGACGAGGAGCUGAAGGCGGAUGAGGAGAUCAGCUCCCACAGCACUAGCAGACACCUCAACCUCACCAUCUCCAAGGCCAAGAGGGAGCACAGUGGCUGCUACACGGUCACUCUGGAGAAUGCAGUGGGAACACGCAAGGGACUGUGCUCCAUAACCGUGGUCGACCGACCACAGCCUCCAGAGGGUCCUGUAGUAUUCGACCAGGUCUACAGGAACUACAUGGUGAUCUCCUGGAGCCCUCCUCUGGACGACGGUGGCUGUGCCAUCUCUAACUACAUCGUGGAGAAAAGAGACACCAACAGAGAGCUGUGGAUGCCCGUCACCGCCUCCUGCACCCGGACCAGCUGCAAGGUUCCAAAGCUGAUCGAGGGCAGAGACUACAUUGUCAGGAUCAUGGCUCAAAACAUCUACGGCAUCAGCGAACCUCUACUGUCUACAGAGACCAAGGCUAAAGAUGUCUUCAAGGUCCCAGAUGCCCCCAAGCAGCCUGUGGUAAAGGAGGUGUACCACAACACCGCCCUCAUCAGCUGGGAGCCUCCUGCUGACGGAGGGAAACCCAUCACUGGGUACAACGUGGAGAGGAAGGAGACCAUGGCUAAAGGAUGGAUCCGCUGUAACAAGGAGAAGAUCCAUGCCAGGGUUGAGUACUGGGUCCCAGAUCUGCUGCAGGGCUGCGAGUACGAGUUCAGAGUCAGUGCCGAGAACGUUGUGGGAGUGGGAGACCCCAGCCCCGCCACCAAACCAGUGUUUGCUAAAGACCCCAUUGUUCGUCCUAGUCCUCCCGUGAACCCAGAGGCCUUAGACUGGACCAAGGAGUCUGUGUCCCUGUCCUGGCAGCCUCCAAAGGACACCGGCAGGGGCAAGAUCCUGGGAUACCUGGUGGAGUUCCAGAAGGCCGGGGACGAGGAGUGGCUCAAGGUGAACCAGACACCAGACUCCUGCCAGGACACCAAGUUCAAGGUGAUCAACCUGGAGGACGGGGGUCUGUACCGCUUCCGUGUCAUUGCCGUCAAUGCUGCUGGAGAAUCUGAGGCUGCUAAUGUGAAGGAGCCCGUCCGAGCUCAGGACAGAUUCGAGCCCCCAGAGCUGAUCCUGGAUGCAGCGAUGACGCGUGAGGUGAAGGCCAUGGCUGGAACUCACAUCGUCCUGAUGGCUGAGAUCACUGGUAAACCCUUCCCUAGUGUCAUCUGGAAGAAGAAUGAGGCCGAGGUGCCCACCAGAGCUGACAUCGAGGUCAACCAGAGUGCGACCAAGCUGGAGAUGAGGUUCUGUAACCGUGACGACUGUGGAGAUUACACCCUGACUGUGGAGAACCCGGCUGGAUCCAAGACCGUGACCUGCACUGUCUUGGUCCUGAAUAAGCCCGGUCCCAUUCAACACCUGCGUGUGACCGAUGUGAGGAAUGACUCCGCCUACCUGUCCUGGAAAGACCCAGAGGACAAUGGCGGUGCCCGCAUCACUAACUUUGUGGUGGAAAAGAAGGAUGCAGCCUCGGCCCAGUGGGUGCCCGUCUGCUCCUCUUCUAAGAAGCGCAGCAUUACGGCCAAACACCUGAUGGAAGGAACAUCCUACCUGUUCCGCGUGGCUGCUGAGAACCAGUAUGGCAGGAGUGAAUAUGUGGAGACACCAAGGUCCAUCAAGGCCAUGAACCCCCUGUUCCCACCUGGCCCACCUAAGGACCUGCAUCACGUUGAUGCUGACAAGACUGAGGUAUGGCUGAUCUGGAACUGGCCCGACCGCAAUGGAGGAAGUAACAUCACUGGCUUCUUGGUUGAGUACCAGGAGGAGGGAGAGAGGGAAUGGGAUGAGUGGAAGACAGUCAGUAUCCCUGAAAGUCAUGUGACUGGCCUGGAGGAGGGAAAGACGUAUCGUUUCCGCGUGAGAGCUGAGAACGCCAUUGGCCUCAGCAGACCCGACACCACCCUUCCUGUCCUAUGCCAGGAGAAACUGGUGGCUCCCAUCGUUGAAGUGGACGUUAAGCUGAUAGAGGGCAUCACGGUCAAGGCUGGCACCACCAUCAGGCUUCCAGCCAUCAUGAGAGGAAUCCCAGUUCCCACUGCUAAGUGGUGCAUCGAGGGAGAGGAGAUCACCACCGAGGGGAAUGUAAAGAUAGACACUGACAACUUCUCUACUGUGCUCAGCAUCAACGACUGUACCAGAAAUCACACUGGGAGCUAUCUGCUGACGGUGUCCAACCCAGCCGGAAGCAAAACCGUGGGGCUCAGUGUGACCGUUCUGGAUGUUCCCGCUGCUCCCAUUGGACCGCUGAAUAUCCUGGAGGUGACACCAGACUCCAUGGAGAUCGAAUGGCGUCCUCCAAAAGAUGAUGGAGGUAGCCCAGUUAUCAAUUACAUCGUUGAGAAGAGAGAAUCCAACAAGGAGUCCUGGGGAGGAGUAAGCUCUGGUAGCACCGCCAACAUACUCAAGAUCUCCCGUCUGCAGAAGGGAGUGGAGUAUGUGGUCCGAAUCCGUGCUGAGAAUAAAAUGGGUAUUGGUGCUGCGCUGGAGAGCAUGCCCACCGUCGCCCAGCACUCAUUUGAGGCCCCAAGCCACCCUGGUAAACCACAUACGUCAGACAUCGCAGAGGACGCAGUCACGGUUGGCUGGACCAUGCCUUUGGCUGAUGGUGGCAGCCAGAUCACUGGCUACCUAAUUGAACGCCGACACAUCGGAGGCAAGUGGAUCCGUGUGAACAAGACGCCCUGCAAGGACCUCAGGUACAGAGUUCUGGGCCUGUUUGAGGGCAACAACUAUGAGUUCAGAGUUUUUGCUGAAAAUAUUGCUGGAUACAGUGGUCCCUCUCCCAUCUCGGACCCCUGCAAGCCUUGCAGGCCCAUCACUGUGCCAAGCCACCCUAUCAACCCCAAGGUCAAGGACUACAGCAAAUCGACAGCUGACCUGGUGUGGUCAAAACCUAACAAAGAUGGAGGUAGCCCCAUCCUGGGCUACACAGUGGAGAUGAAGAAGGCUGAUAGUGAGGAGUGGAAGAAGGUUAACCUGGAUGACUUCAUCAAACAGUGUGCCUACAGAGUCAAGGCCCUGGAGGAAGGGCAAGAAUAUAGGUUCAGAGUCUUUGCUUCCAAUAUGAUUGGAGAUGGAGAAUCCCGGGAGAUCGCAGAGUCCACCAUUGCUCAGGACAUCCUCAUUCCUCCUGAAAUAGAGAUUGAGGCUUCCUGCCGUGAGCAUCUCACUGUGCGCGCUGGACACAACAUCAACAUCACAGGGUACAUCAAGGCUCGUCCAGACCCUGAGAUCCUGUGGUCCAAGGGAGAGACUGUUUUGGAAAAUACCAAACGUAUCACCAUCACCCAGAACCUCCCAGUGGUCCACAUGAAAAUCAAGGAGGCCACCAGAGCCGACCAUGGCCAAUUCAUCUUAAAGGCAUCCAACGAGGGUGGUGAGGCCUCCUGCAUCAUCACAGUCAACGUCCUGGACCGACCUCUCCACUGUCAGAACCUCCACCUCACAUAUGCCACCAAGGGCUCCUGUAUGAUUAACUGGGAAGCUCCAAUAGACAACGGUGGCUCUGAAAUCACCAACUACAUUGUGGAGUGCCGUGAGCCUAGCGUCAGCAUGUGGUCUAUGAUCUCAUCUACCUGCACCAACCGCAUGAUCAAGGCCAAGCUUAUGGAAGGGCAUGAAUACCUAUUUCGUGUCUGUGCUGAGAACAAGAUGGGCCCGGGGCCAACUGUUGAGACCAAGACACCCCUGCUGGCCAUCGACCCCAUUGAGAAACCUGGAGAGCCUGAGAAUUUCAGGGCCACUGAUAUCGGCAAAAACCACGUGUACCUCAGAUGGAGGAAGCCUGAUUAUGAUGGCGGCAGCCACAGCAUCUCCUACAACCUGGAGUAUAAGGUAAAGGAUGGCGAGGAGUGGGAGGAACUCAACGCUGGCCCUCUCAACAACACAUUCCUCAUGGCCGACAAGUGCACUGAGAACCAGAUCUAUACAUUCAGGGUGCAGACAGUCAAUGAGGGUGGAGAGAGUGACUGGGUGAAGCUCUGUGAUAUAUUGGUGAGGGAAGAGAUCCAGAAGCCAGUGAUCGACCUGAAGCAGGUAGGAUCAGUGACUGUGAAGGCUGGAGAGUCUGUCAGGAUGGAGGCUGGCCUGAGAGGAAAGCCCCAACCAGAGGUCAAGUGGGUCAAGGACAAAGCAACAGGAGACAACCCCAGAAUGAGCUACGAGACAGGUGCCGACUACUCCAAGUUCCUCUUGACAAAGUCGAAACGUACAGACACCGGCAAGUAUGUGGUCAGUGCCACCAACUCAGCUGGCACCUUCACAGCAUAUGCUAACAUCAACGUGUUGGACAUCCCCGGGCCUGUAAGGAACCUCAGGGUUACUGGGAUUGGAGCUGACAAGUGCAGGGUGAUCUGGGACAAUCCUGAGGACGACGGUGGAUGUGAGGUGGACAGCUUCAUUCUGGAGAAGUGUGAGACCAGAAGAAUGGUCUGGUCUACAUACUCUGCCUCUGUGGUAACUCCUUACUGCAACGUUACCCGCCUGGUGGAGGGCAAUGAGUACAUCUUCAGAGUGAGAGCUGAGAACAAGAUGGGUACAGGACCAGCCAUAGAGAGCAAGCCUGUCACGGUCAAGACCCAGUUCAACAAACCUGGACCUCCCGAGGCCCCUGAGGUCUCAAAGGUUGGCAAAGAGGAGAUGACUGUUGUCUGGGCUCCCCCAGAGAACGAUGGAGGAAAGUCGAUCACCGGCUACAUCCUGGAGAGGAAGGAGAAGAGAGCUGUGCGCUGGGUUCCCUGCACCAAGAGUACAAUCACAGAGAGACGCAUGAAGGUGACCAACCUCAUCCCCAACCAUGAGUAUCAGUUCAGGGUCAGGGCUGAGAACGAGGUGGGCCUGGGAGAGCCCAGCAAGCCCUGCAGACCCGUGGCUGCCAAAGAUCCAAUCGAGCCCCCGGGCCCCCCUGCAUUCCUGAAGGUGGCCGACAGCACCAAGACCUCCAUCACUCUGAGCUGGUCCAGACCUGUGUACGAUGGUGGUGCUCCCAUCAUCAACUACAGCCUGGACCUGAGGUUGAAGACCGAUGCCGACCCAGAGAAUCCCUCUGUGGGCUGGAAGAGGAUCGACACCCACGGCCCACUGGUCCUCACAGAGUUCACCAUCGGACAGCUGGACGAGAAGCUGGAGUAUGACUUUAAGGUGUCUGCGCAGAACCAGAUGGGCUGGGGACGCCAUGCUUACCUGAGGGAAGCUGCCUCCCCUAAAGAGAUCCUGGAGGCCCCAGAGAUCGACCUGGACGCCAGUCUAAGGAAGGGCUUGUCUGUCAGGGCCGGCUGUCCCAUCAGGCUGUUUGCUGUCACCAGAGGCCGACCUGCACCAAAGGUGACCUGGAAGCGCAUGGGUGUGGACAACGUGGUCCGCAGGGGUCACGUUGAUCAGGUGGACUCCAUGUCCUUCCUGGUCAUUCCUGAGAGCACCAGAGAGGAUUCUGGAAGAUACUCUCUGUCCCUCUCCAAUUCUUCUGGAGAGAAGGCUGUGUUCGUCCGUGUCAAAGUCCUUGAUACUCCUGGACCUGUUGGCGGUCUGGACGCUACUAAUGUCACCAAGACGACAGCUCAGCUAUCCUGGCUUCCUCCGGAGAAUGAUGGCGGCAGUCAGAUCCUCAAUUACAUUGUGGAGAAGCGUGAGGUGGACAGGAAGACCUGGAACAAGUGCAGCGAGGAUCUGAAGAAGACCAGCUUCAAGGUCACCAAUAUGAGCCCUGGCAUGGAUUACUACUUCAGAGUCAUGGCCUGCAACAAGUACGGCAUCGGACUCCCUCAGGAUUCCCCUAGGUCGUACCUGGCUGUGGACCCCAUCAGUGAACCCGACCCACCUAAGAAGAUGGAAGUGUUGGAAAUCACCAAGAACAGUGCCACACUGGGCUGGCUGAAGCCCCUCCGAGACGGAGGAGCCAAGAUUAACGGCUAUGUGGUGGACUACCAGGAAGAUGGCUCUGCCGAGGGCAAGUGGACCCCAUACUCUGUGGUCAAAGACAUGACCAUUGUUGUGGUUGGGCUGAAGGAGGGAACCAAGUACAAGUUCAGGGUCGCUGCCAGGAACUCAGUGGGCGUCAGCCUGGCCCGAGAGGCGGAGGGCGUGUUUGAAGUCAAGGAGCAGCUCAUGGCCCCUAAGAUCAUCAUGCAGGACAUUGUGACAGUGAGGGCUGGAUCUAAGAUGGUGGUUGAAGCCAUCGUGGCUGGGAAACCGGCUCCAUUCUGCAAAUGGAAACAAGGGAGCGAGGACAUCCUGACCUCAGACCGCCUGUCAGUGGUGAAGACUCUGACCACCUGCACUUUGUCCAUCAAGAAUGUAACCAGGGCUGACAGUGGCUACUACAGCCUGUCUGCUGUAAACAGCACAUCCAGCAUCAACCAGAUCAUCAAAGUGGUGGUCAUGGACAUCCCUGGUCCGCCCGAAGGACCCCUGGAGGUCACAGAGCUGGACAUGGAUGCCUGCACCCUGCUCUGGAACCCUCCACAGGAGGACGGAGGCAGCAACAUUACCAACUACAUCAUUGAAAAGUGUGAUGUGAGCCAGGGAGACUGGCUCACCGCCUCCAUCGCCUGCACCAAAUGCAGUUUCCGUGUAGUCAAACUCACCCCUGGGAAAGAGUAUGCCUUCCGUGUUCGCGCUGAGAACCGCCUCGGCAUCUCCCAGCCCAUCUAUUCAGAGAAGACCAUCGCCAGAUAUCCUUUCGAUCCUCCAAGUGAGCCCAGAAGCUUCCAGGUCAAUAAGAUCAACAAGGAUUUUGUCAUUGUGUCCUGGGAGAAGCCCAGCAGCGACGGGGGCAGCCCCAUCACCGGCUACUGCAUCGAGAGGAAGGAGAGGAACAGCCUGCUCUGGGCCAAGGCCAAUGAAUCGGUGGUGAAAUCCACCCAGUAUACCUGCUUUGGCCUUAUCGAGGGCCUGGAGUACACCUUCAGAGUGUCUGCCAUCAACCAGGCUGGACAGGGCUUGCCCUGCAAACCAUCCGACUUCAUUACAGCCAGGACAGCCGUCGACCCACCAGGUAAACCAGAGCCCAUGGACGUCACCAAGACCACCGUCUCGUUGGUCUGGAGCCGUUCAAGAAACGACGGAGGCAGCAAGCUGAUUGGCUACUACGUGGAGUACUGCAAGAUGCCUGAGGAUAAGUGGACGCGCUGCAAUGCUAACUGCAUGAACAUCCAGACAGAGGACUACGUAGUGACUGGCCUGCAGGAGGGACAGCAGUACCUGUUCCGCAUCAUCGCCAAGACAGCCAUCAACAUCAGCCAACCCUCGGAGCUGUCCGACCCCAUCCCAGUGUUUGCAGAGAAUGUUACCCCCCGUGUAGAGCUAGGUGUCAACAUGAAAAACCUGAUCGUGGUGAAGGCUGGAGAUAACGUCUUCCUGGACGCUGAGGUAUUCGGUAAGCCUCUUCCCAAGGUGAGCUGGAAGAGAGAUGGGGCACCUCUCGUCCUGGCUGAAGGCAUGAAAACGAGUCAGAAGAAACAUGUCCACCUGCUGGAGCUCUACUCCGUCGCCAGGAAGGAGUCUGGGGACUACACCAUCACUGCUGAGAAUAUCAAUGGCUCCAAGUAUGCCACAAUCAAGGUCAAGGUGUUAGACAAACCAGGUCCUCCCGCCUCGGUGAGGAUCGGGAAGGUGUUUUCUGACCACGUGCGGCUCCGCUGGGAGCCGCCCCUAGCCGACGGUGGUUCUGAGAUCACCAACUACAUCAUCGACAAGAGGGAGACCAGCAGGGCCAACUGGGCGCUGGUCAGCUCCAACAUCCACGGCCACUCCACCGACAGCAACGUGGAGAAACUUAUCGAGGGCCACGAGUAUGAGUUCCGAGUCAGUGCUGAGAACCAGUAUGGUGUGGGAGACACCGUCAUGGCCGGCCCCGUCAUGGUCAAGAACCCAUACGAUGUACCAGGUCCAUGUGAGCCCCCAAUCAUCACUAACAUCACCAAGGACUCCAUGACGGUCAGCUGGAAGGUCCCUGCCAUCGACGGCAAGGCCACCAUCCUGGGAUACAUGUUAGAGAAACGUGAGGCCACGGAGCUGACCUGGGCCAAGGUUAACCGCAGACCUGUAAUCGACCGGACCAUCAAGGCUGUCCAGCUGACCGAAGGGUCAGAGUACGAGUUCAGAGUCAUUGCCAUGAACAAAGCCGGCCUUGGAAAACCCAGUGAUGCCUCUAAUGCCGCCCUGGCUGUUGACCCUGUCUAUCCUCCUGGCCCCCCUGCCUUCCCCAAGGUGUUUGAUUCCACCAAGAAUUCCAUCAGUUUGACUUGGACCAAACCAGCUUACGAUGGGGGUUGUGAGAUCAUUGGAUACCUGGUAGAGUGCAAGCGUGCUGAGGCUGAGGACUGGACCAAGUGCAAUGUUCCCAAAAAGCUCCAGGCCACUAAGUUCCUGAUGACUGGCCUGUUGGACAGCACUGAGUACCAGUUCAGAGUGACAGCUGUUAACAAGAUUGGAUACAGCGAGCCCAGCGAGGUCCCAGGGAACCACAUGCCAAAGGACAUCCUCAUCGCUCCAGAGGCUGAACUGGACGCUGACCUGCGUAAAGCCUUGGUCCUGAGAGCUGGCGUCACCAUGAGGCUCUAUGUUCCCCUGAGAGGACGACCCGCCCCAAAGGUCACCUGGACCAAGGUUGGUGCCAAUCUGAAGGACAGGCAGGGGGUUCUCAUCAAGACCUCUGAGUGGGACACGCUGCUGAUGAUUGAAGACGUCACCAGAUAUGACGCCGGGAAGUACGUCUUGUCCCUGGAAAACAGCAGCGGCUCAAAGAGCUACACUAUCAUCGUCAAGGUCCUCGCAACUCCUGGACCUCCAGCCAACCUGGUUGUCAAGGAGACAUCUAAAAGCCAUGCCUUCAUCACCUGGGAACCCCCUCUGAUCGAUGGUGGAAGCCCAGUGAAGAGCUACAUUGUGGAAAAGCGUUUGGCAGAGAGAAAGGCGUGGACCUGUGUUGCUACAGAAUGUCCAAAGACCUCGUUCAGGAUCACUAACCUGGAAGGGGGGCAGGCCUACUGCUUCAGGGUUCUAGCGGAGAAUGUCUACGGCAUCGGAGAGGGCUGUGAGACGGCCGGCUCUGUCAGAGCCUCAGAACAACCUGGCCCGGUAUCAGAAUUCAAGCCUCAGAAGCUUACCAAAGACUGUGUGACCCUGGGCUGGAAGAGGCCCAUCAGCGAUGGAGGUAGCCACAUAACCUCCUACAUCUUGGAGCAGAGUGAGGGGGAGGAGAAGUGGAAACUGCUGGAGCAGGGGAAGAACAUGAGCCACACCCUGGGCGAGCUGACGGAGGGUAAGGAGUACUCCUUUAGAGUCAAGGCUCUCAAUGAAUCUGGAGAAGGACCCCCCAUUGAGCUGACCAUUGUGGCCAAAGACCAGAUUGUUCCACCCAGCUUCGACUUGAGUGGUCUGCAUGAUCUGACCUACGUGGCCAAGGAGGGCAGCACAGUGCGCAUCAACAUCCCUCUGAUGGGCAUCCCGUAUCCUGCGGCAACCUGGAAAAAGGGAGAUGUUGGCCUGGGAGACACCGGCCGGAUGUGUGUGGAGGCGUCUCAGGGCCUCACUACCCUGCUCAUCAGAGACUGCCAGAGGGCCGAUGCCGACACCAUCAAAAUCACAGCCAGGAACUCAGCCGGCUCCAAGGACUGCCAGUUCAGCCUGAAGGUGGUGGGCCGGCCAGGGAUCUGCACGGGACCCAUCAAGUUUGACGAAAUCACGGCAGACGGAAUCAACCUGGAGUGGGGUCCGCCCACGGACGACGGGGGUGCAGAAGUGUCCAACUACAUCGUAGAGAAGAGGAGGACCACGGACAGCAAGUGGGCCACGGUGGCCUCGGCUACUCAGAAGAACACCAUUAGGGUGAUCAGGCUCCAUGAUGGGAUAGAGUACAUCUUCAGAGUGUUUGCAGAGAACAAAUAUGGAGUUGGGGAGUAUCUGAGAUCAGAUCCAGUCAUUGCCAUGCAUCCAUUCAAUGUUCCCGAAGCUCCUGCGCCUCCAGAGAUCGUCAGCAUCCGUCACGAGUCUGCCACCCUGAACUGGAAUGAUCCAAAAGACUCUGGGGGCUCCCCAAUAACUGGAUACCAUGUUGAGUUUAAAGAGAGGAACAGUUUGAUGUGGAAGAGGGCCAGCAAGACUCCUCUGAGGGUGAAGGAGUGCAGGGUUACCAGCCUCAUCGAGGGGCUGGAGUACGAGUUCCGGGUCAUGGCCAUGAACAUGGCUGGGCUGGGUAAAGCCAGCAGGGCCACUGAAGCUGUGGUUGCCCUGGAUCCUAUCGAUCCUCCGGGCAAGCCUGAUGUGAUCAACGUCACAAGGUGCUCUGUGACUCUGAUGUGGACAGCGCCCAAGUACGACGGGGGACACAAGUUGACGGGGUACAUGGUAGAGAAAUUAGAGGCCGGAACCAAGGCCUGGGCCAAGGCCAACCACGUCAACAUCCAGAGCUGUGCCUUCACUGUUACAGACCUAACAGAGGGAGCUCAGUACGAGUUCAGGAUCAGGGCUAGGAAUGCUGCUGGAACCAUCAGCAACGCCUCCGAACCCACAGAACUGCUCACCUGCAAGGAUGAAUAUGAACCUCCAUCAAUCACCAUCGACCCAGAGAUGAAAGAUAUUUCUGUGAGGGCUGGCGACACAAUUGUCAUCACUGCCUCGAAGAUCCUUGGUAAACCACCACCCACCGCUGUGUGGUCCAAGGCUGGUCGCGAGUUCAAGAACUCUGACAUUGUCAGCAUCACCAGCACCCCGACCUCCUCUACCAUGUCCAUCAAGUACGCAAGUAGGAAGAACACUGGAGAAUACACCAUCACCGCCAGCAACCCCUUCGGCAUCAAGGAAGACCACAUCAAGGUCAAAGUUCUUGACAUCCCCGGACCUCCAGGCCCAAUUAAGGCCAGCAACAUUUCAGCUGAGAAGUGUACCCUGACUUGGCUUCCCCCUGAUGAGGAUGGAGGAUCCUCCAUUAAAUGCUAUGUCCUCGAGAAGCGAGAGACUAGCCGCCUGCUGUGGACCAAGCUAGCCGAAGAUGUCAUGGAUUGCAGAUUUGUAGCAACCAAGCUGAUCAAGGGCAACGAGUACAUCUUCAGAGUGUCUGCUGUAAACCAGUAUGGAACUGGAGACUCUGUGCAGUCUGGCCCCAUCAAAAUGACUGACAGUUACCGUGCACCCGGUCCACCAUCGACGCCAGAGGUUGAUAACAUCACCCGAAACUCAGUCACCAUUUCUUGGAAGAGACCAAUCGUGGAUGGAGGAAGUGACAUCAGAGGUUAUUCUGUUGAAAGGAAGGAGAGGAAAGGAAUGCGCUGGGUGAGAGCAUCUAAGAGGACGGUCCCUGACUUGCGUUUCAAGGUGCAAGGUUUGAGUGAGGGAGUCGAGUACGAGUUCAGAGUGACUGCAGAGAACAAGGCUGGCUUCGGGGAACCCAGUGAGCCUUCUCACCCAGCUAUGACCAAGGAUAUCGUAUAUCCACCUGGUCCUCCAUCCAACCCAAGAAUCACAGACACAACCAGAACUACGGCCACAUUCAGCUGGGGUCACCCUCAUUAUGACGGAGGUCUGAAUGUGGAUGGAUACAUAGUUGAGUACAAAAAGGAGGGACACGAUGACUGGGAAAAAGCAACACAGACGCUUCUUCGAAUCACAGGAUAUGUUAUCGGCAACCUUGAAAAGGGAGGAAAGUACCACUUCAGAGUCAGAGCUGAGAACACGGAGGGUGUCGGAGAACCUGCAGAAAUUGAGAAGGUGAUAGAUCUUAUCGAUCAGGAAUCCCUACCAGACUUUGAGCUUGAUGCUGAGCUGAGAAGAACCCUGGUGGUCAGGUGUCGGGCCUCCAUACGCCUGUUUGUUCCAAUCAAGGGACGUCCCAUACCGGAUGUGACCUGGAGUAAAGAUGACACCAACCUGAAGAUGCGAGCUCACAUUGACACAACAGAGUCCUUUACACUGCUUGUCAUUCCUGACUGCACCAGAUAUGAUGCUGGCAAAUAUAACCUCUGCCUGGAAAAUGUUGCUGGAAAGAAGACUGGCUUUAUAAACGUCAAGGUUCUGGACACACCUGGACCACCAAUCAACCUCCAACCCAGAGAGAUCACCAAGGGCAGCAUCACCUUACAAUGGGAAUUCCCAAUCAUCGAUGGUGGAUCUAAGAUUCACAACUACAUCAUUGAGAAGAGAGAGGCUACCAAGAAAGCCUACACAGUUCUAAGCACUAAAUGGCAGAAAUGUUCCUUCAAGAUCCCUGAUUUGGAAGAGGGUGCUUACUACUACUUCCGUGUGUCUGCUGAAAACGACCUUGGAGUGGGAGAGCCUGCUGAAACCCCCGAGCCCAUCCGGGUGUCUGAGGCCCCCUCGGCUCCUGAGGAUCUAUAUGUCACUGAUGUUUCUUCAGACAGUGCUAGCCUGGCCUGGGCCAAACCCCUGCAUGACGGUGGGACCUUGAUCACAGGAUACGUAAUUGAAGCCCAGAAGAAGGACACAGACCAAUGGGUCCAUGUGGCUGCCAUCAAGGCCCUGGACUACGUCGUCACAGAUCUGACUGAGGGCGCAGAAUAUAUCUUCCGCAUUAUGGCGGUUAAUGCAUCAGGCAGAAGCGAUCCUCGUGAAAGCAGGCCAGCCAUUAUUAAAGAACAGACAAGUGCACCAUCAUUUGACAUGCGUGGCGUCUACCAGAAGAUUGUGAUUGCUAAGGCUGGGGACAGAGUCAAGGUGGAGAUCCCAGUGCUUGGCAAACCUAGACCUGUGGUAUCCUGGAAGAAGGAAGACACAUCCUUGAAGGAGACACAGAGGAUCAACACAGAAACCACAACUACCUCCACAAUACUCAAUAUUAGUGAAAUCAAGAGGACAGAUGGAGGCCAGUAUUCCAUCACAGGAAAGAACCUAUUGGGCACUGUCACUGAAACCAUCACAGUCCUUGUUCAUGACAUUCCUGGGCCUCCCACUGGACCCAUCAAGAUAGAAGAGGUAUCAUGUGAUUAUGUUCUGCUGUCCUGGGAGGGACCAGAGAACGAUGGAGGGGUUCCCAUCAACAACUACAUUGUUGAGAUGAGGGAGACUAUCGGCACUUCCUGGAUGGAGCUGGCUGCUACAGUUAUUCGGACCACAUUCAAAGCAGCCCGCCUGACAACAGGAGUACAGUAUCAGUUCCGUGUCAAGGCCCAGAACAGAUAUGGUAUUGGACCUUCCAUUGUUUCUGAGUCGGUUGUUGCGGCGUAUCCAUUUGAUGUUCCGGGCCAACCUGGUACACCGUCUGUAACAUCUUUCAACAAGGACUCUAUGACUCUGAGCUGGAAUGAGCCUUCCUCAGAUGGAGGCAGCCCGAUCCUUGGCUACAACGUAGAGCGGAAGGAGAAGAACAGCAUUCUGUGGCAAAAGAUCAGCAAGGCAUUGGUUGUUGGAAAUAUCUUCAAAUCUACAGGUCUUGUCGAUGGUAUUGCAUAUGAAUACCGUGUCAUUGCUGAAAACAUGGCUGGCUUGAGCAUAGCUAGCAAGCCCUCGGAGACAAUGUAUGCCCUGGAUCCAGUAGACCCCCCAGGCAGACCUGUGGCUCUGAACAUCACCAGGCAUGAAGUGACUGUUUCAUGGACAAAACCGGAGGGAGACGGAGGAUUCUCCAUCACAGGAUACCAAGUAGAAAGAAGAGAGCUCCCCAAUGGACGCUGGCUUAAAGCUAAUUUCAACAACAUCCUGGAGACUACAUACACGGUCAGUGGUCUGACUGAAGAGACCACUUAUGAGUUCCGUGUGUGUGCCAGAAACUCUGCAGGAGCCGUGAGCACCCCAUCUCAGCCGUCAGACGAGAUCACAUGCAGAGAUGACAUUGAGGAACCAAAGCUUGAUGUUGACUCUUCCUACAGCACCACAGUUGUGGUAAUGGCAGGAGAGUUGUUCAAAUUGGAGGCCAACGUGAGCGGUAGACCGAUCCCCUUAUUGGUAUGGUCCAAAGAUGGUAAAGAGCUUGAGGACACAGCUAAACUGGAAAUCAAGUCCUCUGACUUCCACACAACUCUGGUAGGCAAGGACUCCUUGAGAAGGGAUGGUGGAGUUUUUACUCUGACAGCAAGCAACCCAGGUGGCUUUGCCAAGUUUACAUUCAAUGUUAAGGUGCUUGACCGACCCGGACCGCCAGACUGUCUCACAGUGUCUGACAUCGCUGCUGAAAAGUGUGUUCUCAACUGGCUUCAUCCCCCUCAUGAUGGAGGUGCUAAGAUCGAGUACUUUAUCAUUCAGAAGCGCGAGACUAGUAGGCUUGCCUGGACCAAUGUGGCUACAGACCUUGAAGCCAAUAGAUUCAAGAUUACAAAGCUUCUGAAGGGCAAUGAGUAUGUAUUUAGGGUCAUGGCCGUAAACAAGUAUGGCGUUGGUGAGCCUGCAGAAACACAAGCUGUUAUUUGUGUCAACCCCUACGUUGCUGCUGACCAACCCCAACAGCCCGAAGUGACUACCAUCACCAAGGACUCAAUGGUGGUCUGCUGGGAGCGCCCCGAACAUGAUGGAGGUAGCAGCAUCAACACCUACAUUGUGGAGAGGAGAGAUAAGACUGGCUUACGCUGGGUGAAAUGCAACAAGAGGACAGUAUCAGACCUCAGAUUCAAGGUUUCCGGCCUUACACCCGGGCAUGAAUAUGAAUUCAGAAUUCUAGCUGAAAACAAUGCUGGUUUGAGCCAACCUAGUCAAUCAAGUCCAUUUUACAAAGCCAUCGACACCAUUUUCCAGCCAGGACCCCCUGGCAACCCCAGAGUGUUGGACACCACCAAGUCCUCUGUCACUGUUGCCUGGAACAAGCCUGUGUAUGAUGGUGGUUCAGAAAUCACUGGCUACAUUGUGGAGACUUGCCUUCCUGAGGAAGAUGAAUGGACUAUCCACACUCCAAAGAAAGGGUGGACUGCCACCUCUUUUACGAUCACCAGCCUGAAGGAAAACCAGGAAUAUAAAAUCAACAUUUGUGCCACUAACAGUGAGGGUGUAGGAGAACCCACAACUGUGCCUGGUACUGCCAAAUCCGAGGACAGGCUGCUUCCUCCAGAGAUUGAGCUUGGAGCAGAGCUCCGUAAGGUGGUCUGCAUCAGGGCCUGCAGCACCCUCAGGUUGUUUGUCCCCAUCAAGGGAAGACCAGCGCCUGAAGUUAAAUGGUCCAGAGAGCAUGGGGAAUCCCUGGAUAAGGCCAUCAUUGAAAUUACUCCUUCCUUCACCACUCUCCAAGUGGAGACAGUGGACAGGUUUGAUGGAGGUAAAUAUAUGGUUACUGUUGAGAACGCCUCAGGAAGCAGGACCGCCUAUGUGAACGUCAGAGUGUUGGAUACUCCUGGAGCACCUCAGAAUCUAGUGUUUAAAGAGGUCACCAGAGAUUCAGUCUCCCUUGUGUGGGAUGCUCCCCUUAUUGAUGGUGGCUCCAGAAUUCGCAACUACAUUGUUGAGAAGAGAGAGUCCAACAGGAAGGCCUACUCAACAGUCUGUGCAAGCUGUCACAAAUCCAGCUGGAAAGUUGGAGAUCUGGAGGAAGGAAAACUUUACUUCUUUAGAAUUUUGGCUGAAAAUGAGUAUGGCGUCGGUCUCCCAGUAGAGACUAUGGAACCAGUUAAAGCAUCAGAGAAGCCUCUGCCACCAGGAAAGGUAUCCCUCCUGGAUGUCACAGGCACAAGCGUCACUCUUUCAUGGGAGAAACCUGAGCAUGAUGGAGGCAGCAGGAUAACAGGUUACAUUGUUGAGAUGCAGGGUAAAGGCAGUGACAAAUGGACCCAAGUUAUGGUCUCCAAGUCCAAUCAGACAGUUGUAUCUGGCUUGACUCAAGGAGAAGAGUACAUGUUCCGUAUCUCGUCAACCAACGAGAAGGGAAUGAGUGACCCUCGUGCCCUCAGUAUGCCGGUUCUGGCUAAAGAUCUUGUCAUUUCCCCAACCUUCAAGCUGAUUUUCACCACAUUCAGUGUAAUGGAAGGAGAUGAUCUGAAGUUAGAUCUACCAUAUGCUGCUUGUCCAAAGGCUGCGGUAACUUGGCUCAAGGAUGGCGUUGCUCUUAAGGAAACAACUAGAGUCAACGCUGAAGCUUCUGAGAAGAAUCUCCACAUGAUCAUCAGGGAGGCCUGCAGAGAAGAUGUAGGAACAUACACGAUUAAAUUGAGCAACACAGCAGGAGAGGCUACUACAGACAUAAGUGUUGUUGUUCUUGAUAAGCCUGGUCCACCCACUGGCCCUAUCAAACUGGAUGAGAUCACUGCUGACAGUCUGGUCUUGUCCUGGAACCCACCAGAAUAUGACGGAGGGUGCUCCAUUAACAACUACGUUGUUGAAAAGAGAGACACAUCAACCACUAACUGGCAGAUUGAGAUUGAUGGUUUUUAG